CGCAGUCACAGUUCGGCCAUCUAUCUGGUCGUGCGUGCUAACACGACCGGCUUCGUCGCUACCCCACCUGUCGAGUGCCCGUUAAAUGAACGGUUUGCUCCUAGUUUUGGAGUAGGUGAAGUGCUGUGAUAGUGUGAUUUUAGUCAUACAAUCGUAUUGUGUAUCACUAGAAAAUUCGACUGUCGAAGGCGCGUUGCGAAUUCCUCGGUGUAGUCUAACGGCUGUUCGCCUGACGGCGAGGGAAGGCGGAUCGCUUCUACCGGGAGGAAUGAGCCCCGUACACCACCGCUCCCGCACUCACCGAUGAUCUCAAGAGACAAUGCAUAUAACCAACUUGCCACUCGUGGUUUGGACGCUCACAGUCUUAGCGACACAUGUAGCGACGCAAAGCCAGUAUGGAAUAGGUUUAGGCAUAAAACGAGAGGUAUUUUUCUUAAAUUUAGAAGACGGCUACUUUGGUUGUCAAGUAAACGAAUCAACACAAAUAUUACAAUUAUAUGAAUUAUCGAAAUUAUGCGAUGGAGUACCGGACUGCUACAAGGCAUCCGACGAACUGAGAUCAGAGCUCAAAUGCACAGAUGACUGUACCAAAGAAGAUGGCGCACGUUGCAUAAACGGCGCGUGUCUAAACGGUGUGUGCCAUUGCAAUGAUGGUUUCGGCGGCUGCAACUGUCAGGAACCAGAUGUAAAUGAAUGCAAGGACAGGCCAUGUGACGUUUUUGCGCACUGUACCAACACUGUGGGUAGCUUUCAAUGUUCUUGCUUCCCGGGAUACGAAGGCGACGGCUUCACAUGUAGAGAUAUAAACGAAUGUGAAGAUCCGGCGAUAUCGUCGAGAUGUGUCAAGAAUGCGGAAUGCUGUAACCUACCAGCUCACUUUAUCUGCAAGUGUAACCGAGGCUUUGAAGGGGACGGGGAAGAAGAAUGUCGAGACAUUGACGAGUGCCGACGACCCGGUGCCUGUGGAAGCAACACCGUUUGUCAAAACUACCCCGGCAACUACACAUGCGCCUGUCAAGCUGGUUAUACCGGAAAUCCAUUCGACGGCUGCGUAGACAUUGAUGAAUGCGAAAACAAGGAUGCAUGUGGUGCGGGCGCCGUCUGUCGUAACAUAGCCGGUGGCUACGAGUGUAGCUGCCCUCAAGGCUUCGAAGGUGAUCCUCGCGUUGGCUGCCACGACCUCAACGAAUGCGCGCGCGCCCAGUGCGGUCGCAACGCCCUCUGUGAAAACAUACCCGGCGCGCAUCGCUGUCUAUGUCCACCAGGUUUCCAAGGCAAUCCCGAAAUCGAGUGUAUCGACGUAGAUGAAUGUAGAAGUAGAGAAAAUAUAUGCGGAGCGCACGCCGUAUGUACGAACACCAUUGGAAGCUUCGUUUGUACAUGCAAGCCCGAGUACACCGGCGACCCGCGCUCCCCCGACGGCUGCACAGAUGUCGAUGAGUGUUCUGUCCUCGAGCAUCCUUGUGGCUCACAGGCACUUUGUGAAAACGCUUCUCCCGGAUAUAACUGUGUGUGUCCACAAGGAUAUAGAGCUAAACCGGACGCCAAAAUAGCGUGCGAGCAGGUCGACGUGAACAUACUAUGUAAAUCAAACUUUGACUGCACAAAUAAUGCUGAAUGUAUUGACAAUCAAUGUUUUUGUAAAGAAGGAUUCAACGCCAAAGGAGCUGUCUGCAUCGAUGUCGAUGAAUGUUCAAAUGUAUCAAUUUGUGGAGAAAACAGUUUAUGUGUCAACACGCUCGGUGGUUAUAAAUGCGAAUGUGUCAAUGGAUUUGUUGGAUCACCACCUACAAUACCUUGCCGAGCUCCGUGUGAUGAUGUUAAAUGCGGCGAUCACUCAUAUUGUAAACCAAAUGGCAUAGAAGCUUAUUGCGUGUGCGAAGAAGGCUGGACAUUUAUUCCUACAGAUAUAUCAGCCGGUUGCGUGGAUAUCGACGAAUGUGAUGCGUCCGUGGGACCGGUAGGACGCUGUGGACCUAACGCACGUUGUACAAAUACAUUAGGAAGUUAUUCUUGUCAAUGUCCUGAUGGAUUUUCUGGUGAUGCAUUUAAAGAAUGUUUCGAUGUUGACGAAUGUCAGACGGAUGAUGCAUGUGGCGCAAACGCUGAGUGCAUAAAUAAACUGGGUACCUACGAUUGCGAAUGUCCGGAGGGUACUGUGCCCGACCCAGAUCCACGCGUGAGAUGUUCGGAAAUUCUGACAUGUAAAGGCGACAGUGAUUGUCCAGGAAAUUCUGUGUGCGAUUCAAAUGCUAGAUGCGUAUGUCCUGAACCUAACGUUGGUAAUGAUUGUCGUCAUCCGUGUGAGAGUUUGCAAUGUGGAAGUAAUUCAGAAUGUUUAUUAAAUGACCAAAUAGCGCAAUGCACAUGCCGCACCGGAUUCAAAGGAGAUCCAAACUCUCACGUUGGUUGUCAAGAUGUUAACGAUUGUGAUGCGAACCCUUGUGCCUUUGGAGCUGUGUGUAAAAACCUUCCUGGACAUUUUCAAUGUGAAUGUCCUGGUAGAUUUGUUGGAGAUCCUUACGUCGAUGGAUGCGUUUCGAGUAAACAGCCAAGCGAAUGCAGUAAUAUUAAUCCGUGCCCCCAGGGUGAAACAUGUAUCACUCAUGAUGGUGAAAACGUUUGUGUAUGUUCGCAAGGUUUCACACGCAACAAAGAAACUGGGUUAUGUGAAGAUGUUAACGAAUGUACUUUAUACGGCCAUUCACCUUGUGGAUUUAACGCUAUUUGCAAAAAUUUACCUGGUAGCUAUGAGUGCAAGUGUCCUACGGAAUAUAGUGGAAAUCCUUACACUCUCUGUGAACUAUGCGAUGACGUCAGUUGUAGAUGUCACCCACCAUAUAAAGUUGUCGACAACAACUGUGUGUUGUCGGAUUGUGCAAAAGGAAACACAUGUGGCAAAGGCGCAGAAUGCAUAAUUAUAUCUGAUACCGUAAGCUAUUGUGCAUGUCCUUCUGGUUUCUCACAAACUAGUGAAGGUGCUUGCGAAGACGUAAACGAAUGUUUGUCUGGACAACCUGUUUGUGGUUUUGGAGCGGAAUGUAUUAAUACUAUGGGCUCAUAUAAAUGCAAAUGCCCACCAGGUUAUGGCCAAGACACAAUAUCUGGUCAUUGUACCAUAAACCAAAAGAGAUGUAUAAGCGAUUCCGACUGUUUCUCAAAUGAAAAAUGUAUACAACCGGGACAAUGUAUUUGUCCACCACCUUUUUACUUAGACAUUGAAGAUGGCCAAAAAUGUAAAAGUCCUUGUGAAAGAUUCACUUGCGGCAUUAACGCAAAAUGUACGCCUAGCGAUCCUCCAAAAUGUAUGUGUAUGACGGGAUAUGAAGGAGACCCAUACACUGGCUGCACCAAUAGAAACGAAUGCCAUAGCUCUCCGUGUGGGUACGGUGCCAUUUGUCAUGAUCAAAAAGGUGGAUAUCAGUGUGUAUGUCCUGCGAACAUGGUUGGGGAUCCUUACAAAACAGGAUGUUCUUUUGGAAUUGGUACAUCACCAAAACAAUUAUGUAGUUCAGAUAAUGAAUGUCCCAACAACCUAGCUUGUUUGAACCGCACUUGUUUGUCUCCGUGCUUAAGCGUCACUUGCGGUGCGAAUGCUUUCUGUGAAGUGGACGAUCAUGCGGCCUGGUGCAGAUGUAAUCCAGGCUAUACAAAGCCAGAAGGUGGCAAAUGCAUUUCUGGUUGCGAUAACUAUUCUUGUGGUACAGCCGCUCAAUGUAUAAUAUCGAAAAAUGGUCCCACAUGUGUUUGUCCCGAGGGCAUGGUCGGAAAUCCCUUUCCCGGAGGUGGUUGUAGAAGAGACGUAUGUGGUCCUGGAAUACCGUGCGAAGGUCCUUUCACAUGCCUCGCGGGAAGAUGUCGACAGCGCUGCGAAAAUGUUGUUUGUGGCGUUGGAGCAUCUUGCGACGAAGAGAGCGGCAGAUGUGUUUGUAACGCAUUCUUUGUAGGAAAUCCUGAUUUACUUUGUAUGCCUCCUGUUGCUCCCCCUGCUUGUGAUCCUGGUUGUAGUGAAAACGCUCAUUGCGUUUACGGACCGAUCAAUUUAUGUAAAUGUGAUAAAGGAUAUACUGGGAACCCGUACUCCAAAUGUUUACCCAGAAGGCAAAUAACUUGCGCAAAAACAUCGUGCGGACUGAAUGCAGUUUGUCAGCAAACUAAAUCACAUAUCGAAUGUCUUUGUCCUCCUGGUUACAUUGGAAACCCAAAUUUACAAUGCAUUGAUAUAGAUGAAUGCCAAUCAAAGCCGUGCGGUGAAAAUGCAAUUUGUAUAAACACUCCUGGCAGUUUCAGUUGUAUUUGCAAAAGCCAUCAUUUCGGAAAUCCAUAUGAGCUAUGUACACAAGUAGCAAUUUCAAAAUGUGUCGAGGGAAAUGUAUGUACUUGUUCCCAUAAUAAUACCUGCCCGGAUGGCUUUUACUGUGAAAAAUCUUUAUGCGUCGACAAAUGUCGCAAAACUGUAUGUGGUCAAAAUGCUAUUUGUGAAGAAGGACAAUGCGUGUGUCUUCCAGGAUAUAUUGGAAAUCCAAGUGAUAUACAACAGGGCUGUGCUUUUGAUAGUAAGUGUGUAACUGACGGAGAUUGCAAAGAUAAUGAAAUUUGCUUUCAAAUAAGUAGAAAUGUACGUAAAUGUGUCGACUCGUGCAGUAAAUUACAAUGUGGACCUAAUUCUCUAUGCGUUAGUGCAAAUCAUCAAGCCCAUUGUAUUUGUACAGAAGGCUACGUUGGGAAGCCUAAUGAUAUUAAAUCUGGUUGUCAUUUGCAACAAAAGCCAAAAGAAGUUGAAUGUAGCAUAAAUAGCGACUGCAAGGAGCCACAGGUAUGCGUUCCUGUUGGGGGAAUGAUGAAAUGUUUAGAUCUUUGUACAACUGUCGCUUGUAGCGCCGAUGAAAUCUGUAAUGUACUGAAUAACACAGCACGAUGUGAUUGUAAAGAAGGCUAUUUGUGGAACCCUGUUAGCUCCAGCUGUGAACAACCGUCGACACCAAGCUGCAGAAAUGAUAAUGACUGUGAUGACAAUAAAUCGUGUGAAAAAGACGUACUUGGUGUUAAAAAAUGUGUAGAUCAUUGCUCAAUAUUUACAUGUCCACAAAACUCGAAAUGUGUUACCAGCAAUCACAAAACGCAAUGCCAAUGCUUGGACGGUUAUGUAGGAAAUCCGAAUGAUCGUGACGGAUGUAUAGCGUUAGAUAAAAACCAAUGUACAGAUGAUGUGCAAUGUAGAGAGAGUGAAAUAUGCAAAAAUGUCGGAAAUGUAAAGAAAUGUGUGUCGGCAUGCCAACAAUUAAUUUGUGGACCAAAUGCGAUUUGCAUUACAAAUAAUCACGUAGCCAAAUGCCAAUGUCCAUCAGGGCCCUAUACAGGCAACGCCGAUGACUUAGUAAAGGGAUGCCAAUCUGUUCCUUGUAUUUAUAACGCUGAUUGCUUGUCACAUGAAUUGUGCAAUCGUUUGACUCACACUUGUAAUGGUGCAUGCCGAAAUGACUCCUGUGGCGAUAACGCAGUGUGCAUAGCCGAAGAUCAUAAAGUUAAUUGUUUAUGCCCUAAUGGAUAUAAAGCAUAUCCUAUCCCUGAGGUGAACUGUAGAAAAAUAGAAUUAUGUAAUCCUAACCCUUGUCACCCAACAGCUAUAUGUGAACCGGGGCUUUCAUCGUACACCUGUAAAUGUCCUGUUGGUUAUGUUGGAGAUCCAAAGAAAACAGGCUGUAAAAAGCAAAAUCAAUGCACAAACGGAUAUCAAGAUUGUCCUCCUGAAGCAACUUGCGUAAACAACCGUUGCGUAAAUCUGUGCGAUGGCGCCUGUGGAACAAAUUCUAUUUGCAAAAUUGUCAAUAGAAAACCUAUUUGUACGUGUGCCGAUGGAUAUGAAAAAUCUAAAAAUGAUAAUUCUUGCAAGAAAAAAUUGUUAGCAUGCCUUAAUGAAAAUGACUGUGAAGGAGACACCUGCGUCAAUGGACAAUGUUUCGCGGCUUGUAAAAACUCUAGUCACUGCGAUGCAGGUGAUGCGUGCAUUAAGAACUUGUGCAUAACACAAUGUAACACUCAUACUCAGUGUGCGAUCGGACAAGCCUGUGUUGGAGCGCAGUGCUUAAUAGGAUGUAGAAGCAACGAUGAUUGCAUUGAAGAUGAAGCAUGCCUAAACAACAAAUGUGUAAACCCUUGUCUUGGUGCGAGAUCUUGUGGACCAAAUGCUAUUUGUUCUAGAGAAAAUCAUGCCGUUAAGUGUGAAUGUCCUCCUGGAUUUGAAGGAACACCAUUACCACAGCAAGGGUGUGUCAGAAAACCUUCUACUUGUUCUCGGACUUCUAAUUGUCCUCCGGAUCAUAUGUGUAUCGGAAACUUGUGCCAGGUUCCUUGUCAAGAUAAUACUGGAUGUGCUAUGGGCGAAAAAUGCAGCGAUAACAUAUGUCAUAAAAUAUGCCAUUCCAGUAGCAACUGCUUACACGGUGAGCAUUGUAACUCUGGUGUAUGUAUUCCCGGUUGCAAGACUGAUUCCGACUGCCUAAAUAAUCAAAUUUGCCAGACAAAGGAAUGUACAUGUACAAGUGGAUUUAAACUAGUUAAUAACGAAUGUGUAAAUAUAGAUGAAUGUGUCAAUAAUCCUUGCCACCCAUCAGCACAAUGUGUUGAUUCCCAAGGCUCGUAUAAGUGUGUAUGUUCCACGGGAUCGAUAGGCGAUCCUUAUAACACUGGUUGCAUGUUACCAAAUCAAUGCAGACGUGAUUUACAAUGCGAAGAUUCUCUUGCAUGUAUAAAGGGAAAGUGCUCUAACCCCUGCGACAACAAUGCCUGCGGAGUAAAUGCUGUUUGUUCAGUAAACAGGCAUCGUAUGACAUGCACCUGUGAAAAAGGAUACUUAGGUAAUCCUUUGGAUAAAAAAAUUGGUUGUUUCAAAGUUGAAUGUGUAGAUGACUUUGACUGCCCUAAUGAUAAAAGAUGCAACACGAAAAACAACAAAUGUACUGAUCAAUGCGAUGAGCCUGCAUGUAUUGGCGGAACAUGUAAAAUAGAAAACCAUAAAGAUUUGUGUUUAUGUCCCAAAGGAUUCGAGUUGUUAAAUGGUGCUUGUACAGAUAUUAAUGAAUGUAGUAAAAAUCCAUGUCCACUAAAUGCUGACUGCAAAAACAAUCCAGGUUCAUUUACAUGCAGUUGUGUAAAUGGCACAGUGUUAGAUCUCAGUAAUGGUAACUGUAAAAUACCUGGUGAAUGUUCAUCCGACGAUGAUUGCUCGGACACAACUAAAUGUGUCAAAGAUCAUUGCAUAGAUCCGUGCGACGACUCACCAUGUGGUGAUAAUACAAUAUGUAGUGUUGUUAAACACCAACCUACUUGCGAAUGCCAACCAAAUAGUCAAGGAGAUCCUUAUAAUAAAUGUACUAAGUUCGAAUGUACAAAGGAUGCUGAUUGUGCUUUUGAAGAAGCAUGUGUUAACAACAAAUGUAAAGACUCUUGUAGUAUACCACGUGCAUGUGGUAGGAAUGCAGACUGUUAUUCAAGAAAUCACAUUGGCCACUGUACUUGUUCAUCAGGUUACACAGGAGAUCCAGUUCUUGGUUGUGUUCCCCUUCAAUAUUGUGCUGACGAUAGUAAAUGUUCUUCUGGCACAAAAUGUGUUGACAAUUUAUGCGUUGGCGUUUGUAAAAAUUCAAGGGAUUGUUUAGAUGGCCAAGUAUGUAUUCAAGAUACAUGUCGAGUAACUUGUUCGACAAAUAAUACAUGUCCAGAAUCUCAAUUUUGUCUUAAUAGUAUAUGCUCAAAAGAAAUUCAAUGCUUUUCCAAUGAUAACUGUAACGAAGACGAACAAUGUGUUAUUAACACUAAUGGAAUUGCACAGUGCGUCAACGUAUGUGAAAAUCAUCCGUGCGGAAGACAUGCUACAUGUUUAGGGAAAUCCCACGAACCAACAUGUUCGUGUCAAAAAGAAUUCUUCGGCGAUCCGCUUCAAGGAUGUAAAAAGAGAGAAUGUACUAAAAAUUCAGAUUGUUCCGACGACAAAAUUUGCCAUGAAGAUAUGUGCAAAAUAGCAUGUCUGAUACACAAUGAUUGUGGAGAGAAUACUGUUUGUUCCUCAGAAAAGCACACACAUGCAUGUUAUUGUCAACCUGGAUAUACUGGCGAUCCUUUGAAGGGUUGUGCAGAAAUAAACUGGUGUGCAUCAAACCCAUGUGGUAACGGUGCAGAAUGUCGAAAUACUAGAAAUCAAGCUCAAUGUAUUUGUCCCGCUGGAACAGUAGGGAAUGCAUAUGAAGACGGUUGCCGUAAGGCUCCGGAGUGUAGAUUCAACAGGGAUUGUCCACCAGUAAGUCGGUGUACCGUUAUUGAUGGUACUCGUAAAUGUACAGAUGCAUGCGACAGUGUAAAAUGUGGUCCUAACUCAGAUUGUAUCGCUACUAGACAUACAGGCCAAUGUAAAUGUAAAAGUGGUUAUGUAGGAAAUGGAGCUAGCGAAAAGGGUUGCCGUCUGCGCGAAGUUACAUGUAGAAGUAAAACAGAUUGCAACAAUGAUCAAUACUGUCAUAAAGGAUAUUGCAAAGGUCUGUGUUUACUAGAUGAGGAAUGCAGAUCCAACGAAAAAUGUAUAAACGGACAAUGCUCCAAUCCCUGCCAAAUGGAGAAAACUUGUGGCCUGAAUGCAGUUUGCAGAACCGACAAUCAUAUAGUGCAAUGUAGUUGUCCAAAUAGCUUUACCGGAAAUCAAGACGUUGAAUGUGUUCGAAUGCCUAGAUUAUGCGGCGCUGCUGAGGAAUGUGAAAAUGGAUUUAUGUGUCACAAUUCUAUGUGUGUUCCCCGAUGUCAAGCGGAUGAAGAGUGUGCAUUAAACGAAAGAUGUUCAAAAGGAGUAUGCUUAUUGACUUGUCGAGUGGAUAACGACUGUUUCCUUGGGCAUAUAUGUUUGGCAAACAAUUGUCAAUACGGUUGCAGACAUGAUGAAGAUUGUGGCCCUGAAGAAAUAUGCAAGAAUAACUAUUGCCAGAAUCCUUGUGCAGAUGACAACAAUCCCUGUGGUCCGAAUGCAUUAUGCUCUGUUGUGGAUAGAAAAGCUUCUUGUGCUUGUAUAGAUGGACUAAUUCCAAACCCGACACCUAACAUCGGUUGUGUUAGAACUCCUUCGGUGACUUGUCGUAUGCAUAAAGAUUGCAGUGCAGGAUGGCGUUGCGAGGAUGAUCGUUGUAGACCGGCGUGCACAGUUGAUGGCUCAGAGUGUUUACAAGGGGAACGAUGUGAUUCAGGAGUGUGUAGAUACGCUUGUACAUCAGAUGAACACUGUACCAAUGAUGAAAUUUGUGAUGGGCGAUUAUGUGUAUUAGGAUGCAGAUCUAAUUCUCAAUGUUCCAGUAACCUCGCCUGUAUAUCAGGUCAAUGCCUAGAUCCGUGUACUGAGCCUGGUACGUGCGGUGCAAAUGCCUUAUGUGUAACAAAAGAGCACAAACCUACUUGCUCAUGUCCUAAGACAUUAACAGGAGAUCCAAAAGCAGUGUGCAAAAGAUUAAGCCUACCAUGUGAUUCUAAUAAAAACUGUCCAAACGGACUUACUUGUUAUGGAGAUACCUGUCAUCCCUCCUGUAGAAGUGACGGUGUUUGUUUAUCAAACGAAAAAUGCAUCAGAGGAAUUUGCAGGGUUGUGUGCAAUAGUGAUGGCGGAUGCAAUGAUGGUCAUAUUUGUGAGAACAGAAUAUGUAAGCAAGGUUGUCGCGAUGAAAAUGCCUGUAAUGAUAAUGAGGCUUGUAUAGGCGGACAAUGUAAAGAUCCUUGUAAGGACACCAGAAGUUGUGGUAUUUGUGCUGAAUGCAAGGUUAUCAAUCAUCGAGCACAGUGUAGCUGCUCAAGUAAUUUUACGGGAAAUCCAUUAGUUGAAUGCAAAAAGAAAAAAAUACCAUGUGACGGAUUUUGUCCUUGUGAUGAUAGUGGAUAUUGUAUUUCACUUUGUGAAGAAAAUUCUGAUUGCACUUGCAGUGAAAAAUGUUUCAAAGGCGGAUGUAGAUCCGUAUGUUCUAUCAGAAACAGGUGUCCAGAAAGACAGAUAUGCCUACAAGGUGUCUGUAUACCGGGAUGUAAUAACGAUCGAGAUUGUGGUGAUGAUAUGUUAUGUUCUAUGAAACAAUGUAUUCCAGUCUGUCGGAAAGAUUCCUGUGGCAAAAACGCACAGUGCAUAGCGGCACGACAUAGAGCAAUUUGUAGUUGUGCCAGUGGAUACUCGGGAGAUCCAUCAAAAGAGUGCAAAUCAUAUGAAUGUUUAAAGAACACUGAUUGCGGUGCAGACGAACAGUGCACCUCGGAAGGAAAAUGCAAGAACGUGUGCUUCGGCACCUGUGGGGUAAAUGCUAUCUGUCGUUCAGUCAAUAAAACACCUCAGUGUUCCUGUCCUCCAAAUUAUGUAGGAAAUCCAAAAAUAGAAUGCUCUAAGCCACCAGCGGGUAGCUGUUUACGUAACCCGUGUGGAGUUGACGCGCGGUGUCGCGAUUUGGAUGACGGCGGCUACGAGUGCACUUGCCCUCCGGGCUGUGCCGGCAACCCGCAGCGACAAUGUUUCUGUGGAACUAUGGCGCCGUGCGCACGUAAAAUUUGCGGCGCUCAUGCUGAGUGUCGAAUAGGUUAUAACGGACAACCUCAUUGCUAUUGUCCACGUAAUUAUCCGAAAGGAGAUCCAAAUAUAGAAUGUAUUCAGGAACGCAGCGUAGUUGAUUGUAGAACAACAGGAUGUGGCAUAAACGGAGAGUGUUUAAGAGAAGGUGCUGAAUUUGUUUGUCGUUGCAUUCCCGGCACGGAAGGACAAGCUGACAUCGAAUGUCACACCAGUAUCGAAUGCACGAGUGACAAGGAUUGCCCGGUAGACAAAGCGUGUUUGAGCUUGCACUGUGUCGACCCCUGCACAAUACGAGGCGUGUGUGGUGAAGACGCGCUCUGCGUGUCUGUGAUGCAUCGAGCCCAGUGUUCAUGUCCUCAAUGCUACGUCGGGCAACCGCGCCUCGCGUGCCGUCUCGACCCCACUUGCAAGCCGACAGCCGAUAGCCUAAACGCGACUAUCACUUGUUCAGAAACGAAACCAUGUCCACAAAAAUUGGCAUGCGAUACAAAUACAAACCAAUGCCGCAAUCCUUGCUUGGAAUAUCAGGACUGUAGACCAAAUCAAAAAUGUGAAGUUAGAAACCACCUGCCAGUUUGCGUAUGCCGCAAUGGCUUUGCCCUGAAUGAUAAAGGAGAACUUACAUGUGCACCCGAACACGCUGAAUGUACCAGAGACGAACAAUGUCCAUCCAAUUCUGUUUGUCGCAAUACCAAAUGCGUAAAUCCAUGUUUAGCUUCACGAGAACCAAUGUGUCCUCAAGGAAAACAGUGCGAAGUAGUAGAACAUCGAGUUAUGUGCGUCUGUGUCGAAGAAUGUCAUCCAACAGUGUCGAUUUGCUUAAGAGACAAUGGGUGUCCACAGAACUUGGCUUGCAUUGAUUUUCAAUGUAAAGAUCCAUGCAAAGGUGCAUGUGGUGAUGCUCCAUGUUCAGUAGAAGAUCAUCACCCAGUUUGCAAGUUUUGUCCUAGUGGAUUUACUCACGACGAAAAGCAUGGCUGCAUUAAAGCUUUAGAAUGCGGUGCACACGAGCACUGCGCAGAGGGACUUGCUUGCGUGAGCGGCCGAUGCGCGGACCCAUGCGCCCACGGUAACCCCUGCGUCUCUGGCCAGCGCUGUGCCGUCGUCAACCAUCAACCUGUUUGCUCAAAGGUUUGCCAAUGCCAGACAGCAUCAGAUUGCGCAAGAUAUCCAAAUACGCGUUGUGAUGGGUGCGUGUGCGUUACAGAUACACCAACUACGAACUGCGCGCACUGUCGGCCAGGGGUCCCUUGCGACCCAUUCUCUGGAGCUUGCAUGGAAAUUGGUUGCACUCGCAAUGAAGACUGUUCUUUGACCGAGGCCUGUAUAAAUAACGCAUGUCAACACCCGUGUGCUAUACAUAAUCCCUGUGCACCUAACGCAGUCUGUAUAAACACCAACCACGGCUCCGAUUGCAGCUGCAUUGAAGGAUUCCAGGGCAACGGCUACGUUGGAUGUGCACCAGUACGUAACCAUUCUCAAUCAGUGUGUCAGUACAAUGAAGACUGCCCUCCAGAAUUGCUUUGCGAUAGAAUGAAUAGAGUCUGCAUAAACCCCUGCGCUAUGAACAAAUGCGGUGACAAUGCUGAAUGUAUCCCGGAAAACCACGGCGUACAGUGCAGAUGUGGAGCCGGCUACACAGGAAACCCCUUUUUAGAAUGCUACAAAGUACAAGGAUGUCGAUCUGAUAACGAAUGCCUGAACUCGGAAGCGUGUAUCAACGGAAACUGUGGUUCUCCUUGUAAAUGUGGUGUAAACGCUGUGUGUGACGUCUUGAAUCAUCGUGCAUCUUGCAAAUGCUUACCGGGAUACACUGGUAAUCCAGUUUUAGGUUGUGAACCACCAUUGAAUCCUUGCAUACCUAACCCUUGUGGUAUAAAUGCAUUAUGUGAAAGCGACAAUGGCAAUCCUAUAUGUUUCUGUCCAAAAGGAUUGACCGGUAAUCCUUUCAAAAAUUGCAUACCUGAAGGAAAUGAAUGUGAGCCUAAUCCUUGCGGCCCUAACACCGGAUGUCGGCUUAUAGACAGCAAACCAGCCUGCUUCUGUUUACCUAAUUACGAGGGCAAUCCACCGCGACAACCGUGUAAACUCCCACAAAACCCUUGCAAUCCGUCACCUUGUGGGCCUAACACGCAAUGUACGGUUCUAACGAAUGGAUUCUCUAAAUGCACAUGUUUACCAGGAUAUGUCGAAAGUCCAAACACAGUUAGAGGAUGUAUCGAAGCGAGAAAUCCGUGCGAACCGAACAUGUGUGGCGAAGGGGCACGAUGCGAUCCAAACAGAGCUCCCGUUUGUUAUUGUCCUGAAAAUACAGUAGGCAAUCCAUACAAAUCAUGUAAUCCUUAUAUUCAUUCGAAUAUUCUUUGUCAACCCGGACCUUGUGGACAAAACGCCGAAUGCUACGUUGCUGCAAAUCGAGAAAUGUGUUUCUGUAAAACUGGUUAUACUGGAGAUCCGUACAUCGGCUGCGAGCCUCAGAGAAGUCAAUGCAUACCGAACCCUUGUGGCCCUCGUGGAAUUUGCAGCAUUAACUAUGAUGGCCAGGCUCUAUGUACAUGCGCCCCGGGUAGUACAGGAAAUCCCUAUGGUUUGGAUGGCUGCAUUUCACUUGAAUGUGAGGUCGACGACGAAUGUGCGCCUAAUAAAGCGUGUAUUGGCUUCUCUUGUCGCGACCCAUGCCCUGGCGUAUGUGGACUUAAUGCUAAAUGUCAUGUAGAAACACACCGUCCCGUUUGUAUUUGCGAAGAAGGUCUUAUUGGGAAUCCAUUAUUAUGUUGUUUGCCACCCGAAGAUCAAAAGUCGUUCCAACCUUGUGACAGAGCACAGUGUGGAUUAAAUGCUAUCUGCCAAAACGUCGGAGAUAAAGCUUUAUGUUCGUGUCUUCCCGAUUUGAUCGGUGAUCCAAUUGUCGAAUGCAAACCUGAAUGCUUAAUGAAUUCUGAUUGUCCGUCAAAUGAGGCGUGUCUUAAUCAAAGAUGCGUCGACCCAUGCUCUUUCAAAAAUGUUUGCGGCAUGAACGCAUCAUGUGUAUGUACAGACCACACUGUAUCAUGUGUUUGUCCUGAUGGAUACAUCGGUGAUCCGAAGAUUCAAUGCGUCUAUCGCCCUAUUGUUAUUUCACCAGAUAAUACUACAAUAACACCAUGUUCACCAAAUCCCUGCGAUUCAAAUGCAGUAUGUGAUCCUUACGGCGACCAGGUCGCAAUCUGUGUACCUUGUGUGGGAUCUCAAGACUUAAGUAAUCCAGCGUGUAGACCAGAAUGUGUCCUCAGUUCUGACUGUCAAUUUAACAAGGCUUGUUUAAGAAAUAAAUGUGUCGACCCAUGUCCUGGAUCAUGCGGCGUAAACGCUGAUUGUUUUGUAUACCAUCACGAUCCUGUUUGCCGGUGUAGAGACGGAUUCGGAGGAAACCCGUAUGAACAUUGCAUACCAACUACUAGUCCUACUGUACAUGAAACCUGUGACCACAUCCGAUGUGGUGAUAACGCCGUAUGUCAAGAUGUAAAUGGACUUCUCACGUGUCAAUGUUUGCCAAACUUUUUCGGAAACCCAUAUCUGUCUUGUCGACCUGAAUGUACUAUUAAUAGUGAUUGUCCAACAAACGCGGCAUGUUUGAAUAACAAAUGUAAAUCACCUUGUAAAGACGUUUGUGGCACAGGCGCACUAUGUGAUACUGUCAACCAUCAUGCCGUAUGUUACUGUGCACCGGGCCACACCGGAGAUCCUUAUGUUAGAUGUCAAAUGCCUGUGUCUGUGUCACCGCCGUUAUCUGUCUGUGAUCCUUCACCUUGUGGUCCAUACAGCCGUUGUCUUGUAUCGCCAACUGGUUCCGCGGUGUGUUCAUGUUUGCCUGGUCACGUCGGAAUGCCGCCUAUGUGUCAGCCUGAGUGCGUUGGCAAUUCCGAUUGUUCACAAGAAUUGACCUGUGUUAAUCAAAAAUGUAUAAAUCCUUGUCAAGGUAGCUGUGGUGUAGGUGCCACUUGCUUUGUAGUCAACCAUAAUCCACUAUGCACUUGCGACACAGGAAAAACUGGAGAUCCGUUCCUAGCAUGUGGUGAAAUAAAUGAAGGUAAAACACCAACAAAACCACCUCCAGGAGAUAACCCUUGCUUGCCUUCACCUUGUGGACCCAACUCUGUUUGUGAGAUAAAAUCCAAUCAUCCAGUAUGUUCAUGCCAGCCCAACUAUUCUGGCACUCCGCCAUACUGUAGACCAGAAUGCAUAAUUAGCCAGGAGUGUCCUUCGAACCAAGCUUGUAUUAAUGAAAAAUGUGUGGAUCCAUGCAAAAAUGCAUGCGGUAGUAAUGCUAAAUGUGAUGUUGUAAAUCAUACACCACUAUGUAGUUGCUUGGAAGGUUUCAAGGGAGACGCCUUUAUUGGAUGUGUAACCGUACCAAAAGAAGAUGUAACUCCAUGCAAUCCUUCGCCUUGUGGAGAGAACACUUUAUGCACAGUGGUCGGAAAUACAGCCCGAUGCUCUUGUAUACCACCUAAUAUUGGAAAUCCUUACGCGGGCGGAUGUCGACCGGAGUGUUCUAUGAAUUCAGAUUGUCCAAAUAAUCUGGCAUGUUUGUCAAACCAUUGUCGAGAUCCUUGUAAGGAUUUAUGCGGAGUCAACACAGAGUGUUCUGUCACAAACCAUGUUCCAGUGUGUACAUGCUUUAAGGGAUAUGAAGGCGAUCCAUUUUCAUCAUGUCGCCAAAUUGCUAAGACACCAGCACCAAUAAAUCCGUGCCUACCGUCGCCGUGCGGUCCAAACAGCGAAUGUCACGUAGUGGGAGAGCGCGCGGCGUGCUCGUGCCGAGCCGGCUACCAUAUAACUAUGGCGCCACCUGAUGCGUGCUUGGCAUCGCCGUGCGGGCCGCACUCGACGUGCCGCAACGAGGCCGGUCGUGCCGUUUGCGCCUGCGAGGCCGGCACACUCGGCGCACCCCCCUCCUGUCGUCCGCAAUGUGUUAUUAAUCAAGAUUGUCCUCUCGCGCUAGCCUGCCUCGGCGGCACUUGUGUCAACCCCUGUGUCGGCUCGUGCGGUUUUAACGCCCGUUGCAAUGUACAAAACCACCAACCUAUCUGUUCCUGCGAAGAGGGCUACUCGGGUGAUCCGUUUGCCGGUUGCAAUCAAAUUGAAAUCUCAAAAGAAGCGCCUCGUCAUCCUUGCAACCCGUCGCCUUGUGGACCUAAUGCAAUCUGUCGAGAAAAGAGUGGUGCUGGUUCAUGUACUUGUAUAGAUGAUUUCCAUGGAGAUCCAUACUUAGGCUGUCGCCCAGAGUGUGUUAUGAACACUGACUGCGCUGUAGACACAUCUUGCUUUAAUAAUAAAUGUGUAGAUCCUUGCCCCGGAACGUGUGGGCAAAACGCUGUGUGUCGGGUUUCCAAUCAUGCACCUUCUUGUUAUUGCUUACCUGGAUACAGUGGAAACCCUCUUCAUGCAUGUAUUCCUGUUACGACUUCCCCAGAAACGAUUGACCCUUGUCACCCUACACCUUGCGGACCUUAUAGUAAAUGUCGCACUUUUAACGGACACGCUGUUUGCACGUGUCUUGACAUAUGUGUCGGUUCACCACCUAAUUGCCGACCUGAAUGUAUCGUUAGUUCUGAUUGUCGGCCGAAUAAGGCAUGUAUUAAGCAAAAAUGCCAAAACCCGUGCGAGGGAAUGUGUGGAGUUAAUGCGUUAUGCCAAGUUGUUAAUCAUAAUCCGAUAUGUUCGUGUCAAAAGGAUUAUACCGGUGAUCCUUUCGUUCAUUGCUACUACGAAGAAAAACAAAUGAUACCCAUUGACAACUGUUCGCCAAAUCCUUGUGGCCCACAUUCACAAUGUAAGGAUCAAAACGGAGUACCAGUAUGCUCUUGUUUAUCUAAUUAUAUUGGUCGACCUCCAAAUUGUAGACCCGAAUGUGUCAUCAGUGUUGAAUGUCCCGGAAAUUUAGCAUGUCUGUCAGAAAAAUGUAGCGAUCCCUGUCCUGGAUCUUGUGGUAAUCACGCUAGUUGUGUUGUAAUUAAGCACGUGCCUAUAUGCACUUGUGAACACGGAUACACAGGAGAUCCAUUCGCAGGAUGUUCCCCAAUAUUACCCGUUGAAAUUGAACCGGAGAACCCAUGCUCGAGAUCUCCCUGCGGAGCUAACGCAGUUUGUAAAGAAAGGAAUGGCGCGGGCUCAUGUUCCUGUCUUUCCGAAUAUUACGGAGAUCCCUACGUGGAAUGUCGACCAGAAUGCGUUUUAAAUUCUGAUUGUCCAAAGAUCAAAGCUUGUGUUAAUAAUAAAUGCAAAGAUCCAUGCCCCGGAGUCUGUGGAAUGAAUGCCGAGUGUAAAGUAAAUAACCACGCACCUUCUUGCGCGUGCUUACCAGGAUAUGAAGGAAAUCCAUUUACGUCAUGUUAUCCAAGCGUUGACUACACGAUUGAUCCGUGUUCGCCCUCACCAUGUGGGCCAUACAGCUUAUGUCGGGUAAGCAGCGGUUACGCAAUUUGCUCUUGCCAAGAAGAUUACUUCGGUUCGCCACCCUUAUGUCGGCCAGAGUGUAUGGUCAGUAGCGAUUGUAUGCCAAAUAAGGCGUGCGUGAAUCAAAAAUGUGUAGACCCCUGUAAUGGAGCUUGCGGCAAUAAUGCUAAGUGCAUGGUUGUCAACCAUAAUGCACUCUGUAGUUGCCCACAAAAUUAUAUCGGUGAUCCAUUCGUACAAUGUACCUAUGAUAAACGACCAGAACCAAAACCUUCAGGAAAUCCUUGCAUACCGUCACCUUGCGGACCUAAUUCAAAAUGUCGUGUAGUGGGUGAAACGCCAGCAUGUUCAUGUAUGAGCGGCUAUAUAGGGCGCGCCCCGAACUGCCGCCCGGAAUGUAUUUAUGAUGAGGAAUGCCCAAGUAACCUGGCCUGUAUUCGUGAAAAAUGUAUGAGUCCAUGUGAAGGCUCGUGUGGUUCAAAUGCUGAAUGUGUAGUUAUUUCACAUAAAGCAGUUUGUCACUGUCGUGAAAGUUAUACCGGUGAUCCAUUUAACGGUUGUUAUUUUGUAGUCGCAAUUGAAAACGAGGAAGAGGCGAAUCCAUGUAAUCCAUCUCCAUGUGGACCGAACGCAUUAUGCAAAGAAAAGAAUUCUGCCGGCUCAUGCAUUUGCCAGCCGGGAUAUCACGGAGACCCAUAUUUAGGAUGUCGGCCAGAAUGUGUUACUAACAACGACUGUCCGUCUAACAGGGCGUGCGCAAAUAACAAAUGCGUAGAUCCUUGUCAAGGAGCAUGUGGAAUGAAUGCACAGUGUCAUGUAGCUCAUCAUAAGCCUGUGUGUUUGUGUAUUAGCGGAUUCGAAGGAAAUCCAGUUAUUUCGUGCCAUCCACAAAGGAGUCCUUCUCUGGCUGACGAGAAUCCCUGCGUACCGUCACCUUGUGGUCCUUACAGUCAUUGUAAAGUAAUAGAUAAUCAUGGAGUAUGCUCAUGUCAAGAAGGCUAUGUAGGUUCACCGCCGACAUGUAGACCAGAAUGCGUGACUAGCACGGACUGCUCGCAGCAUCAAGCGUGUAUGCAACAGAAAUGCAAGGAUCCAUGUCCGGGAACAUGUGGAGUUAAUGCGCGUUGCCAAGUUAUAAAUCAUAAUCCUAUCUGUACAUGUAAAUCAGGAUUCACUGGUGAUCCGUUCGUUACUUGUCAAUAUGAGAAAAAACCUAUCUUUACGGGACCUAAAGGAAACCCUUGUGUACCUUCACCAUGUGGUCCAUACUCUCAGUGUAAAGUAGUCGACGAGGCGCCUGCAUGUUCUUGCUUACCGAAUUAUGUUGGUAUUGCACCUAAUUGUAGACCUGAAUGUUCUAUCAAUGCUGAAUGCCCUGGUAAUCUUGCAUGCCAAAAUGAAAAAUGUGUAGAUCCAUGUCCGGGUUCAUGCGGUUUCAACGCAGAAUGUUCUGUCGCCAAUCAUGUAGCCUUGUGCAAUUGUGUGCCAGGACAUACAGGUGAUCCAUUUAGUGGAUGCUCCAUUAUCGAACAUAUUCCGGAACCACCACCAAAUCCCUGUAAUCCUUCUCCGUGUGGCGCAAAUGCUAUUUGUAAAGAACGAAAUGGAAUCGGCGCAUGCUCGUGCUUACCUGAAUAUUUUGGCGAUCCAUACACCGGAUGUCGACCAGAAUGUGUAUCAAACUCCGACUGUGACCGCAACAAGGCUUGCACUAACAACAGAUGCAAAGAUCCAUGCCCCGGUACUUGUGGUAUAAAUGCAGAAUGUAGGACUGUCAACCAUUCUCCGACGUGUACUUGUCUAACCGGGUAUACUGGCAAUCCGUUAGUAAGAUGUGAAGUGGACAAUGUUGAAAUUCCUCAAAUCGAUCCUUGUCAGCCUUCACCUUGUGGACCUAACAGUUUAUGUCGCGCCAUUAAUGGGCACAGCGUUUGCACAUGCGACAGCGGUUAUAUUGGUACCCCACCAUCGUGUCGUCCCGAAUGUAUUGUUAGUUCGGAAUGUCCACAAGACAAGGCUUGUGUGAAUAAAAAGUGUACGGAUCCUUGCCCGAACACUUGUGGACUUAACGCUAGGUGCCAAGUCAUUACUCAUAAUCCUAUUUGCAGCUGCAUAACAGGUUACACUGGGGAUCCGUUCACUGAAUGUGUUGAAGAGCCAAGGCAAAUAGACCACGUCAAUCCUUGUGCUCCUUCACCUUGUGGACCAAACUCAGAGUGUCGAGUUAUUAGUGAUCAAGCGGCUUGCUCUUGCUUGCCAAACUACAUUGGAAGAGUACCAAAUUGCAGACCAGAAUGCACCAUCGAUGCUGAAUGCCCCAGCAACACCGCUUGUAUUAAUGAACGUUGCAAGGAUCCAUGUCAAGGGGCUUGUGGCUUAAAUGCCAUUUGUUUGACAGUUAAUCAUAAACCAAUCUGCAGUUGUCAACAAGGAUAUACAGGAGACGCUAUCAAUACUUGUGUACAAAUGAUCAUAACUACAACGGAAAGGACAAGUCCUUGCACUCCUUCACCUUGCGGUCCAAAUGCUGAGUGCCGUGAACACAACGAAGCCGGAGCGUGCUUCUGUUCCGAAGGUUACGAGGGUGAUCCAUACAGUCCAUCCGGGUGUAGAAGGGAAUGUGAAAGUAAUGACGACUGUCCGUUAAACUUAGCCUGCACGAGGUUCAAAUGUAUCGACCCCUGCCCGAAGACGUGCGGUCAAUUGGCAGAAUGUACUGUAGAAAAACAUGUACCAGUUUGCACAUGCCCAAUUGAUCACACUGGUGAUCCAUUCUUCCGAUGCCUUAGAAUAGUAACUGAACCUCCACCGCUGAAUCCCUGUGAGCCCACUCCUUGUGGACCAAAUAGUCAAUGUAGACAAGUCAAUAUGCAAGCAGUUUGCUCAUGUCUUCCCAAUUAUAUUGGAUCACCACCAUCAUGCAGACCUCAAUGCGUAGUCAAUAGUGAAUGUGACGCCUCUAAAGCUUGCAUAAAUCAAAAAUGUGACGAUCCUUGUCCAAAUACGUGUGGAUUAAAGGCUCAUUGUCUUGUCAAAAACCAUAACCCAAUAUGCACGUGCCCGGCUGGCAUGACUGGAGAUCCAUUUACCGUUUGCUUUAAUAUUCCACCGACAACAGAAAGGCCAUCUUGUACCCCAUCUCCGUGCGGACCACACUCACGUUGUCAGUUAUUAGCAAGCGGACCAGCGUGCUCUUGUUUACCAGGCUAUGUAGGUUCUCCUCCAUCUUGCCGUCCUGAAUGUACAAUAAACUCUGAAUGCCCAGCAUCGUUAGCGUGCGUGCGACAAAAAUGUGAAGACCCCUGUCCAGGUUCGUGCGGAGUGGAAGCAAAUUGCCACGUAUUGAACCAUGUCGCAGUGUGCGUUUGUAACGAAGGAUUUACGGGUGAUCCAUUUACAAGAUGCACACAUAUAAUUGAAGCACCAACAACAACAAGUCCUUCAGAUCCAUGUAAUCCAUCUCCUUGUGGACCAAACGCUCAUUGUGAUAAUGGAUUCUGUACAUGUAUACAAGAUUACAGCGGCAAUCCAUACGAGUCAUGUCGUCCGGAGUGUACUGGAAGUCAAGAGUGCCCUAGAGACAAAGCCUGUUUUAGAAACAAGUGCAGAGAUCCAUGCCCUGGUGUGUGCGGGCAGAAUGCAAAAUGUGACGUUAUUAAUCAUAUACCAACCUGUUCUUGCAUUAGCGGACAUACCGGCAAUCCAUUUACUCACUGCCAACCGGCAACUCCCAUAGAACACGAUGAAAAUCCAUGCCAACCGUCACCGUGCGGACCAAACAGCAUAUGCAGAAUAAAUGAUAAUACAGCAGUAUGUGCUUGCGUAGAAGGUUUCCAAGGCUCACCGCCAGCCUGCAGGCCGGAAUGUGUUGUAAGCUCUGAAUGUCCUGCGACUAAAGCCUGCGUCAAUCAAAAGUGUAUCAACCCAUGCAUUAAUGCAUGCGGUAUUUCUGCUCGCUGUGAAGUAAUUAAUCACAGUCCAAUAUGCAGUUGUAAUCCUGGUCAAACCGGAGAUCCAUUUAAGAGUUGUUAUGAUGAAAUAAUACCGACGAAACCCGUAGACGCUUGUAAUCCAUCGCCGUGUGGACCGAAUUCGCUAUGUCUGGAACGUAAUGGCAAGGCUAAUUGUAGAUGCGUAGAAGAUUACGUUGGACAGCCUCCAAAUUGUCGGCCAGAGUGUGUUAUUAAUCCUGAUUGUCCAUCAAACCAAGCUUGCGUUAGAAACAAAUGUAUCGACCCCUGCCCAGGAUCAUGUGGCGUUGACGCGGACUGUGUUAUAGUCAGCCACACAGUCUCGUGCACAUGUAGAGAAAAGUAUACCGGAAAUCCUUUCUUACAAUGUGUGCCCCAAAACGAAGCAGUCGAGAAACCAUGUGAUCCAUCACCGUGUGGCGCGAAUGCAAUUUGCACUCAAAGAGACAAUGCUGGGGCAUGUUCUUGCUUAGAAGGUUUUUACGGAAACCCCUACGAUGGCUGUCGUCCAGAGUGCGUUCUUAGUUCUGAUUGUUCGGCUGAUAAAGCCUGCAUUAAAAAUAAAUGCACAGAUCCAUGCCCCGGUAUUUGCGGAUCAAAUGCGGAAUGUGCAGUAAUCAAUCACGUUCCAUCGUGUGCUUGUGUAAAAGGUUACUCAGGCAAUCCAUUCGUGCAAUGCAGUCCCCACAAACCGACACAAGAAGUUCGACCAUGUGAUCCAUCACCUUGUGGACCUAAUAGUAUAUGUCGUGAGAAUGGUGAACUUGCGUCUUGCGAAUGUCUACCUGAUUACCGAGGGGCUCCUCCUGAUUGCCGACCGGAAUGCACAGUGAGCAGUGAAUGUCCUUCCGAUCGUGCGUGCCAUAAACUUAAAUGUGCGGACCCUUGCAGAGGCACUUGUGGCAUUGGCGCUCAUUGUCAAGUUAUAAAUCAUAGUCCACUAUGUAGCUGUCCUGCCGGCACCAGCGGUGAUCCAUUUAGCAAGUGCUUAGAAAUAGAAAAAAGCGUAGUAGAAAAAGAUCAACCAUGUAAAUCAAACAUAUGCGGUCCCUAUAGCGAAUGUAGACCGAUCAAUGGUCAACCUUCAUGUUCGUGCUUAUUUGGUUAUUUAGGCGCUCCUCCGAAUUGUCAUCCGGAAUGCCUGGUCAAUACAGAUUGUCCGUCUCAGUUAGCUUGCAUAGCAGAGAAGUGCACCAAUCCCUGCGAAGGCUCCUGUGGGUACCGAGCGGAAUGCCGCGUUCAUGAUCACAUCCCGAUAUGCAGCUGCCCCACGGGCUAUUCCGGCGAUCCAUUCAUACAAUGUGCAGAAAUGAAAAAUGAAGAAUUGCCGCCUCAAAAUCCGUGCAACCCAUCGCCAUGCGGAAGUAACUCACUGUGUGAAGACGGAGUUUGCACAUGUGCUCCCGGUUAUUUUGGAGAUCCGUACCAAGGCUGCAGACUGGAAUGUAGUACUAACGGCGAAUGUUCACCUACCCGCUCAUGCCAAGGAGGAAAAUGUGUCGACCCAUGUCCCGGUGCUUGUGGAACAAAUGCAGUCUGUUCUGUGAACAAUCAUAUACCAUCAUGUUCAUGCCCACCUAGUAUGUCUGGUGAUCCAUUCUCGUUCUGCACUGAAGUAGCUCCACCAGGUAAGCAAUUUUUUGCUUUGAUCUUUUACAUUCUUCACCUAGCCUGUAUAGACCGCCGGUGUCGCGACCCCUGUGAAGGCGCCUGCGGUCGAGGCGCACGAUGCCAAGUUAUCGCACAUUCCCCUAUAUGUACUUGCAAUGAUGGAUACACUGGCGAUCCCUUCACUUAUUGUUACCCAGAACCAUCUUUACCGUCUGGGCCUAGCGAUCCUUGUCAGCCAUCGCCAUGCGGACCGAAUUCGAUUUGCGUAAGUUCUGGAGAAAUGCCCGCGUGCAGUUGCCAGCCUAGUUUCAUUGGGACAGCUCCAAACUGUAGGCCCGAGUGUACCAUAAGUGCAGAGUGUCCGGCAGCUCUGGCUUGCGUCGCACAACGAUGCAAGGACCCAUGCCUUCAGGCAUGUGGCCCCCGCGCUAUUUGCUCAGUAAUUGACCAUCGUGCAACCUGUGCCUGCGAGUCUGGCCUAGAAGGAAACCCAUUCCAGGGUUGUUCACAGCCUAAAGCUCCACCAAAAACUGAAUACUUAAAUCCAUGCGAGCCUUCACCGUGCGGUCCGAAUGCUGAGUGCAGAGUACAAGAUAAGGCUGGAUCGUGCACGUGCAUACCGGAUUAUUUUGGUGAUCCGUACCAAGGUUGCAGACCAGAAUGUUUAGCCGAUUCAGAUUGUCCUCUGACAUCAGCUUGUAACAAAAAUAAAUGUACGGAUCCAUGUCCCGGAGUGUGUGGACAGAAUGCAGACUGUUAUGUUACAAAUCACAAGCCCUUAUGCAAUUGUAGGACUGGAUACACUGGUAAUCCACUUUCUAUGUGUAUUCCUGUACCCGAGAGGGAUAUAUCAAUAACUGAUGUUUGCAAUCCAUCUCCAUGCGGAGCAAACGCAAUGUGUAAGAAUAUAAAUAAUCAGCCGGUUUGUUCUUGUUUGCCAAAUUACAUCGGGUCUCCACCAAACUGCAAACCAGAAUGUGUGGUGAAUUCUGAAUGCAAACCAAACAAAGCGUGCAUCAAUCAUAAAUGUACUAAUCCAUGCCCGACUCCGUGCGGUCAAAACACCGAAUGUAAAGUUAUAAAUCAUAGUCCAGUAUGCUCUUGUCAAAGAGGUUAUUCCGGAGAUCCUUUUACUAUAUGUAGUUUAGUUUUACAAACUGCUCCCAGUGUCUCCGCACCCUUAGAUCCAUGCUUGCCGUCUCCUUGCGAUUCGGACUGUGUCAGUAAUUUAGCGUGCGUUGCGGAAAAGUGUAGAAAUCCUUGCGAAGGCUCUUGCGGAUUAUACGCAAAAUGUUUCGUGAACAAUCACAUCCCAGUGUGCCUGUGCCCCGAUGGGUUUAUGGGUGAUCCAUUCAGGGAAUGUAGACCGAAACCACUUGAAGAUACCACACAACCUACAGUAAGAAAUCCAUGUCAUCCAAGCCCAUGCGGUUCGAACACUGUUUGUAGAGAUGGUAUUUGUUCCUGCGAAGAAGGUUAUCACGGCGAUCCCUACUUUGGUUGUAGACCUGAAUGUGUUUAUAAUUCAGACUGUCCACAAGAUAAAGGAUGUCAACGCAACAAAUGUGUGAACCCCUGUACGGACACUUGCGCACCAAAUGCAAUCUGCGAUGUUAUAAAUCACAUACCCAUGUGUUCUUGUCCAAAAGGAAUGAGUGGAAACGCUUUCGUAGAAUGUAGACCAACACUUGUCGUUUCCCUAAACCCCUGCAACCCAUCACCAUGUGGACCUAAUAGCCAGUGUCAUCAAUCGAAUGGGCAAGCAGUUUGCUCUUGUAUACCAGGAUUUAAGGGCAGUCCACCGACGUGCAGACCAGAAUGCGUCGUGAGUCUCGAGUGUCCCCUGAAAGAAGCCUGCAAUAAUCAGAAAUGUGUCAAUCCUUGUAUCGGUGCGUGCGGAGCUGCAGCAGUGUGUGAUGUCAUCAACCACAAUCCAAUUUGCACAUGCCCGCCAUCUUUUACUGGAGAUCCAUUCAUAAGAUGUGCAAUUAUCGUUGAUACACCCGUCAGAGUGGAUCCAUGUGAGCCUUCGCCAUGUGGGCCAAAUUCCGUAUGUAGAAUAAGCGGUAACAGUCCAAUAUGUGCAUGUAUGCCAAACUACAAGGGAUCACCUCCUAACUGCAGACCAGAAUGCGUAAGCAACGGUGAAUGUGAUAACCAUUUGGCUUGUGUAAAUCAAAAAUGUAGUGACCCGUGUGUUGGAAGCUGUGGCCCGAACGCCGAAUGCAGAGUUGUCAGUCAUUCCCCGAUGUGCAUUUGUCAACAAGGCUAUACCGGUGAUCCAUUCUCAUACUGUAACCUAAUACCUGCAAUCGAAACCGAAGUUCUAAAUCCUUGCAGUCCUAGUCCUUGUGGAUCAAAUGCUAUUUGUAAAGAAAAGAAUGGUGUCGGAGCUUGUACAUGUGCAGAAGGCUAUUCGGGUAAUCCCUAUGAAUCUUGUCGCCCUGAAUGCAUAGUCAAUACCGAUUGCCCGUUAAAUAAGGCAUGCACAAGAAUGAAAUGUGUCGACCCUUGCCCAGGAACGUGCGGCUCUAAUGCUGUUUGUCAAGUGAAUAACCAUCUACCCAAUUGUAUAUGCCAACCUGGAUAUACAGGAAAUCCAUUUAGUCACUGUGUUAUAAUGGAAGAGCCUGAUAAUGUACAACAGAACCCGUGUAAUCCUUCACCAUGUGGAGCAAAUAGCCAGUGCAAGGAAAUUAAUGGUCAAGCUGUAUGCUCAUGCUUAUUGAAUUUCGUUGGAUCUCCUCCAAACUGUCGACCGGAAUGCGUCGUGAGCUCAGAAUGUCCCGCCAAUUUAGCUUGUCUUAAUCAAAAAUGUGUGGAUCCUUGCAUCGGUAGUUGCGGAGAAAGUACUAAUUGUAAUGUUAUCAACCAUAGCCCAAUAUGCGUAUGCAAGCAAGGUCUGACAGGAAAUCCAUUUACAAGAUGCUAUCCCAUAAAAAUAUCCAAACCACCAAUGAGUUUACCGAAACCAGAUCCUUGCUUACCUUCUCCCUGCGGCGUGUAUGCUGAAUGCCGCAAUAUCGGUGAUGCGCCAUCCUGCGCGUGCAAGUCUGGUUACGUCGGUAACCCCCCUAAUUGCAGACCGGAAUGUACACUGAAUUCUGAAUGUCCCAGCAAUCAGGCUUGUAUCAACGAAAAGUGUAGCGACCCUUGUCCCGGAGCUUGCGGUUUGAAUGCUCAAUGCAAUGUCUUCAACCAUAUCGCCCAAUGUAGCUGUUUGGAACGAUACACUGGAGAUCCUUUCGUACAAUGUCAUUUUGAACCGGAAAGAGAUGAAGUAUACAGCGAAAUAGACCCCUGCAACCCAUCACCCUGUGGUCCAAAUGCUGAAUGUAACGAUGGCGAAUGCACAUGUUUACCUGAAUACCACGGCGAUCCGUACUUCGGUUGUCGACCGGAAUGUCUCAUAAGCAAUGACUGCCAACCCAAUAAAGCAUGUGCCAGAAGUAAAUGCAUAGACCCAUGUACAAAUUCUUGCGGAAAAGGAGCUAUCUGUAACGUUUUCAAUCACGUACCGAUGUGUACUUGCCCUGAAGGUUACACGGGUAACGCAUUUCUUGAGUGCCGGCCCUUCGUCUCUGAAAUAAUAAAUCCUUGCAAUCCUAGCCCCUGUGGACCAAACAGUCAAUGUAGAGACGUUACCGGCCAAGCAAUUUGUACUUGUUUACCCGGAUACCAAGGGGCACCACCGACUUGUAGACCGGAAUGUAUAUCUAGUUCAGAAUGUCCGCUUGAUAAAGCUUGUUCAAACCAACGUUGUAUUGAUCCAUGUAAAGGAAAUUGCGGAGCUGGUGCCGUUUGUCAGGUUAUCAAUCACAAUCCUAUAUGUUCGUGUCCAUCGGGGCUUACAGGCGAUCCAUUCACAAAAUGCGUGUUACAAGCCACCGAAUUACCACCGUACGUGAAUCCUUGCGAACCAUCACCUUGUGGACCAAAUUCGAUAUGUAAAGAGAUUAGUGGUUCGCCGUCAUGCGCCUGUCUCGAUGAAUACACGGGCAGUCCUCCGAAUUGUCGUCCAGAAUGCAUAGCAAACUCUGAAUGCCCUAAUCAGCUCGCGUGCAUUAAUCAAAAAUGCAAAGACCCUUGCCCUGGAUCAUGCGGUACCGCGGCGGAGUGCAGAGUUGUAAGCCAUUCACCACAAUGUUUCUGCCAGCCAGGUUAUACGGGAGAUGCAUUUAUAGAAUGUAAAAUCCUCGAUGUUCAACUUAGACCAUGCUCACCAUCACCAUGUGGGCCUAACGCGGUUUGCAAAGAAUUAAGGGAUGCAGGAUCUUGUGUGUGUUUACCGGAUCACAUAGGUAAUCCUUAUGAAGGUUGCCGUCCUGAGUGCGUCGUUAACUCUGAUUGUGCGAUUAAUUUGGCUUGUACACAGAACAAAUGUACAAACCCUUGCAUUAAUGUGUGCGGAAGAAAUGCAAUAUGCAAUGUUCAAAAUCAUGCACCAAAAUGUGAAUGUUUACCGGGAAUGAAUGGAAAUCCAUACCAAGAAUGCCACGAAGUGAAAGAGAUGAUUCCGAUGCAAAAGGACCCAUGCACUCCAUCUCCUUGUGGUCCAAACAGUAUAUGUAAGGUUUCAAACAACCAAGCUUUGUGCACCUGCCAACCCGAGUAUUUAGGUUCACCGCCGUCGUGCAGGCCCGAGUGUCUCGUCAGCUCAGAGUGUUCGUUGCAAACAGCGUGUAUAAAUCAGAAAUGCAAGAACCCAUGCGAUGGAGUUUGCGGACAAAACACGGAGUGCAGGGUGAUUAAUCAUAGCCCCGUUUGCUCAUGCCGAUCGCAGUUCACAGGCGACCCAUUCAGCCAUUGCCACAAAGUUAUUGAUGUAAUAACUGUGUCGACCAAUCCUUGUCUACCGUCGCCUUGUGGACCAUAUUCGGAAUGUCGCGAUGCCAACGGGUCGCCUUCUUGUUCUUACGAACAUUGUGUCGACCCAUGCCCGGGCUCCUGUGGAAUAAACGCUGAAUGUAGAGUGCAAAGUCACGUUUCGAUAUGCACGUGUAUUAUCGGCUACAUUGGAGAUCCAUUUACCAGCUGUUCGCUAAAACCAUUGAAAGAUGAGACUCCUAUAGAUCCUUGCAAUCCAACACCUUGUGGAUCGAACGCGGAAUGUAAUAACGGUGUUUGCACUUGUCUACCCGACUACCAUGGAGAUCCAUAUUUUGGUUGUCGGCCGGAGUGCACUUCAAGUUCCGAAUGUCCAUUGGAUAAGGCGUGCGUUAAACAGCGAUGUGUCGACCCAUGCGUUGGAACUUGUGGCACGGGAGCUAUUUGCGAAGUUGUCAAACACAUGGCUAUUUGUACUUGUCCCCCGAAAAUGACGGGUAACGCCUUCAUUCAAUGUAAUCCUGUUCAAGAUGUUAUCCAUGGUAAUCCAUGUCAGCCUAGCCCAUGUGGACCCUACAGCCAGUGUCGAGUAUUUAACGACCAAGCAGUUUGUUCUUGUUUGGGUGGAUAUUUGGGUUCGCCCCCCGCCUGUCGACCAGAGUGUGUCGCUAGCUCCGACUGUGCGACAGAUAAAGCAUGUAGCAAUCAGAAAUGUAUCAACCCCUGUGUAGGGUCAUGCGGUGUCGCAGCGAAAUGUCAAGUGAUUAACCACAAUCCAAUAUGUACUUGCCCUAAUGGACUCACUGGAGACCCCUUCACAAGAUGUAUUAAGAAGCCCGUAAUCGACGCCGUGGUGUCAACCAAUCCUUGCCAGCCUUCUCCAUGUGGACCUAACUCCGUUUGUCAAUCGUCUGAAUCAGAUAUUCCUACCUGUCAGUGCAUGCCUGACUUCAUGGGAUCUCCUCCAAAUUGCCGACCUGAAUGUAUUUCGAACAGUGAAUGCGCUCAACAAAUGUCAUGUAUAAACAAAAAAUGUCAAAAUCCUUGUCUACAAGCUUGUGGAAGUAACGCUGAAUGCAAAGUGGUAAGCCACACGCCGAUAUGUAUGUGUCCAGAAGGAUAUACCGGUGAUGCAUCAGUUCAAUGCACUAUAAACGCUCUGAUAGUUAAUGAGCCCAUAUCGCCUUGCAUUCCAUCACCAUGUGGUCCCAAUGCAGAAUGCAGAGAACGUUCUGGAGCAGGUGCUUGCUUCUGCGUUAACGGUUACUUCGGAAAUCCAUACGAGGGUUGUCAUCCCGAAUGUUUAGUGAAUUCUGACUGUCAAAGUAACAAAGCUUGUGUAAGAAAUAAAUGUAUCGACCCUUGCCCCGGAACUUGUGCCGUCAAUGCGGACUGUCAAGUCGUAAACCACUCACCGUCGUGUACAUGUCGACCGGAGUACACUGGUGAUCCGUUUAGACAUUGCUACGUUCAAAUUAAAGAAGAACCAAACACCGAUCCAUGUCAGCCAUCACCCUGUGGUCCUAACAGUCAAUGUAAAGUUUCAAACGGACAAAGCGUUUGCUCAUGCCUACCUGAGUACAGAGGCUCGCCUCCAAAUUGCAGACCAGAAUGUGUUGUGAGCACAGAAUGUUCGGCUGAUAAGACUUGCAAGAACCAAAAAUGUGUCUCACCAUGUCCCGGUCCUUGCGGUCAGAACACUGAUUGUAAAGUGAUUAACCACAGUCCAAUAUGUACAUGUAAAUUAAAAUAUACGGGAGAUCCCUUCUCCAACUGCUACAAAAUGACUGCUCCAAUUUCGGCAGUACCUGAAACAGAUCCCUGCUUACCUUCUCCCUGCGGUUUCAACGCUCAAUGUCAAAAUUUACGCGGCGUACCAUCAUGUUCAUGUUUACCGGGUUUCGAAGGAAGUCCGCCAAAUUGCCGACCGGAGUGCACAAUAAACGAAGAUUGUGCAAGUAAUCUUGCCUGCAUUAAACAAAAAUGUAACGAUCCAUGCAAAGGCUCGUGCGGAAUCAACGCCAACUGUCAUGUUAUGAAACAUGUAGCCGUCUGCACUUGUAACGAAGGUUUUACGGGUAACGCCUUCACUCAAUGCACAGUGGUAAAACAAAAAGAAGAAAUCGAUCCCUGCAAUCCAUCGCCUUGUGGUCCAAAUGCGGAAUGCCUAAAUGGCAUUUGUACUUGUCUGCCUGAAUUCCAAGGAGACCCUUAUAGCGGCUGCCGACCUGAAUGCUCCCAAAGUACUGAGUGUGAUCGUAACAAAGCCUGCAUUAGAAACAAAUGUGUCGAUCCUUGUCCCGGAACGUGUGCAGCGACCGCCGUCUGCAAUGUCUUCAAUCACAUUCCGAUGUGCAGUUGUCCUGAACGUAUGACAGGCAACGCAUUUAUAGAAUGUAGGCCAAUUACGGAUCCUAUUCAAGUAAAUCCAUGUCAGCCAUCUCCUUGCGGACCUAACAGCCAGUGCAGGAAUGUGAAUGGCCAAGCAGCGUGUUCGUGUGCUCCAAACAAUAUUGGUGCACCGCCUACUUGCCGCCCCGAGUGCACCAUCAGCGCAGAGUGCGCCCUUGACCAGGCGUGUAGCAACCAGCGCUGUAUCAACCCUUGCAUAGGCGCAUGCGGACAAAACGCCGAAUGCAAAGUGGUUAACCACAAUCCUAUUUGCACUUGUCCUACGUCGUACUCCGGCGAUCCAUUUUCAAGAUGCUUCCGACUUCCUGAAAAGUUACCUGAACCCAUAAAUGUGUGCACACCAUCACCUUGCGGGCCUUACUCGUUAUGUAAGGAUAUCAAUGAAGUGCCGACCUGUACAUGUCAAGAAGGCUAUAGCGGUCAACCACCAUACUGCAGGCCAGAAUGUAGCAGCAACGAAGAGUGCCCAACUCAAUUAUCUUGCGUUAACAUGAAAUGUAAGAACCCAUGCGAGGGAACUUGCGGCGCUAAUGCUGAAUGUAAAGUUGUCAGUCAUUCGCCGAUCUGCUUCUGUUCUUACGGUUUCACUGGAGAUCCGUUCUUCGGCUGCGUGCACGAACCAUUACGUACCGAACCUACAACAAGCCCUUGCUCGCCAUCGCCUUGCGGUGCAAACGCGAUUUGCAAGGAGAAAAAUAAUGCGGGUUCCUGCAGCUGUAUUGAGAACCACAUUGGUAACCCAUACGAAGGCUGUCGACCGGAAUGCGUUGUGAACACCGAUUGUUCGUCUAAUCUUGCCUGUGUUAACAACAAGUGUGUUGACCCCUGUCCCGGCAGCUGUGGCAACAACGCCGUGUGCCAAGUGGUCAAUCACGCGCCUCUCUGCACUUGUUUCGAUGGAUACACUGGUGAUCCAUUCAAGUAUUGUAUUUACGAAGAACCACGGCCAAUAUCCAAACCUCUUGAUGCGUGUUACCCUUCACCGUGCGGCCCCAAUAGCCAGUGCAAGGAAACGAAAGGUCAAGCCGUAUGCUCGUGCUUAGAAGACUACGUAGGCACCCCACCUAACUGUCGACCGGAGUGCGUCACAAGUUCCGAAUGUGCUCACGACAAAGCUUGUGUCGACAAUAAGUGCAUAAACCCGUGCCCGAAGCCGUGCGGUCUCAAUACCGACUGUAAAAUCAUUAACCACAGUCCCAUAUGUUCGUGCAAGAAUUCAUACACUGGAGACCCAUUUACUAUGUGCACCCCAAUAAGAUACGAACCUCCACUAGCUACAAAUAUACCGUGUCAUCCAUCACCUUGUGGACCAAACUCUGAAUGUCGAAAUAUUGGAAAUAGCCCCUCUUGCUCCUGUUUAGCGGACUUUGUAGGCAGCCCACCCAACUGUAGACCGGAGUGUACAAUACACUCCGAUUGUCCGAGCGACAGAGCUUGCAUAAAAUCAAAAUGUAAGGAUCCGUGCCCAGGUUCAUGUGGUUUAUCAGCUUCCUGCAGUGUUCUAAAUCACAUACCAGUAUGCACAUGUAUCGAAGGUUACAUAGGUGAUCCUUUCACAAGUUGUAGACUGAAACCUCUUGAAGAAGAAGCGAUCACUGUUGACACCUGUACUAAUGUACAUUGUGGAUCUAAUGCAGAAUGCAUCAAUGGACAAUGUCAGUGUUUGCCUGAGUAUCACGGUGACCCGUACUUCAACUGUCGACCUGAGUGUGUAUUCAGUACCGAUUGCGACAAGGACAAAGCUUGUAUACAGAGAAAAUGUGUAGAUCCGUGCGUUGGUGCUUGUGGUCAAAACGCAAAUUGUCAGAUAGUGAACCACAUACCGAUGUGUAGUUGUAACACUGGAUUCACAGGAAAUGCUUUCGUUAUGUGUAAUCCAAUCAGAGUACAACCAUCUGAAAAUCCUUGCAACACAGCAAUUUGCGGUCCUAACAGCCAAUGUAGAGAAAUAAAUAAUCAAGCAGUUUGUUCGUGCCUGCCAACAUAUUUAGGUGCCCCACCAGCUUGUAGGCCGGAAUGCGUGGUCAGCGCAGAAUGCCAACAAAACCAAGCCUGUUCAAAUCAGAAGUGUGUAAACCCAUGCGUCGGGGCAUGUGGUCUGAGAGCGACUUGUGAAGUCAUUAAUCACAAUCCUAUCUGUACCUGUCCAUUAGGCUUUUCAGGAGAUCCAUUUGUGUCAUGCACAUACGUUACAAGCGUAUCACAAGUCAUCAACCCUUGCACGCCCUCACCGUGUGGUCCAAAUUCUAUUUGCAAAGAAAUAAAUGAUAGCCCAUCGUGCACGUGUAUGCCCGAAUUCAAAGGACAACCUCCAUAUUGUAAGCCGGAGUGCAUAAGCAACAGUGAAUGUUCUACUCAUUUAGCUUGUGUCAAUCAGAAAUGUAAAGACCCGUGUACAAGCGCAUGUGGUGCAAACGCAGAAUGUCGUGUCGUGAGCCAUUCCGCGAUGUGUAUCUGUCCUCAAGGAUAUGAAGGCGAUCCGUUCACCCAAUGCGUUCUUAGAUCAGCUGUUGAAAUUUUAACACCAUGUCAACCUUCUCCUUGUGGACCAAAUGCAAUUUGCAAAGAACAAAAUAAAGUCGGUUCAUGCACUUGCAAUGAAGGAUACUUUGGAAAUCCAUAUGAGGGUUGUAGACCAGAAUGUGUGACCAACUCAGAUUGCCCUGGUGACAGAGCAUGUAUUGGUAACAAAUGUCAAGACCCUUGUCCGGGAACAUGCGGACUAUUUGCGGAGUGCAGUACGAUAAAUCACGCACCUACGUGUACAUGCAAUAUAGGGUAUACUGGAGAUCCGUUCCGACGAUGCCAAGUUAUGCUCCAUGAGCCUGCACCAGUUAAUGUUUGUUCUCCGAGCCCUUGUGGACCUAACAGCCAAUGCCGUGUUGUUAACGAUCAAGCCGCAUGCAGUUGUUUGCCGGAAUUUAUUGGACAACCCCCCUUAUGCAAGCCCGAGUGUCUACUAAACUCAGAUUGUACUACCGACAAAGCUUGUGUUAACCAUAAGUGUAUAAAUCCUUGCCCUGGCCCGUGUGGACAAAAGGCCGAAUGUCGGGUAUUCAAUCACAAUCCUAUUUGCAGCUGCGUUUCAGGAUUUACAGGCGAUCCGUUCACAAGAUGCUACCUUAAACCAACUUCUCAGCCUGUCAUCGAUGAAACAAGAGACCCGUGUGUCCCGUCACCUUGCGGAAUGCACGCUAUGUGCAAAAAUUUCGGAGGCCAAGCGACAUGUUCAUGUACUCCUGGUUACUUUGGAAGUCCACCAAAUUGUAGACCUGAAUGCGUGACUAAUCAAGACUGUGUCAGUUCGUUGGCAUGUAUAAAUGAAAAAUGCGCCGAUCCCUGUCCUGGGUCUUGUGGGCAAAACGCUCAGUGCUCAGUAUUUAAACAUGUAGCGGUAUGCACAUGUCUAGAAGGCUAUAGAGGGGAUCCAUUCACUGUGUGUAAAAUCAAGCCGUUAGAUGACCCCAUCGUCGCCGAUCUUUGUAACCCGUCACCUUGUGGUUCGAACACUAAUUGUGAUAACGGCCAAUGUUCUUGCCUGCCAGAAUAUCAUGGGGACCCAUAUAUUGGUUGUCGGCCAGAAUGUACAGUGAGCUCGGAUUGUGAAAGGAGUCUAAUAUGUGUAAAUAAGAAAUGUGUUAAUCCAUGUCCCGAUACAUGUGGCUCAAAUGCGAUUUGUGAAGUCAUCAAUCAUGUACCGAUGUGCAGUUGCCCUCCAGGACAUACUGGAAACUCCUUUGUUUCUUGCAAUAAAAUCCAAGCUCCAUUACCUACCAACCCAUGUAACCCCUCACCCUGUGGACCGAAUAGCCAGUGUCGUGAAAUUAAUAACGUAGCAGUAUGCUCAUGUAUACCUGGAUACUCAGGAAACCCACCAACAUGUAGACCGGAAUGUACCACAAGUUCCGAAUGUCCGCUCAACAAAGCUUGCAGUAACUAUAAAUGUACCAAUCCCUGCACAGGAUCAUGCGGAGUCAACGCCCAUUGUGAAGUUGUAAACCACAAUCCGAUAUGCUCAUGUCCUAAUGAUUUCACAGGCGAUCCGUUCAGUAGAUGUAUUCCAAGGCCUUUGGAAGCACCACCUCAAAUUAAUCCUUGUGAACCGUCGCCGUGUGGACCGAACUCCAUUUGUCAGAAUCUCAAAGAUUCACCUUCUUGUUCUUGCAUGCCUGAAUUUACCGGUGUACCGCCGAAUUGUAGACCAGAAUGCACUAGUAAUAGCGAGUGUCCCAACCACAUGGCUUGCAUUAAAAAUAAAUGCGCCGACCCAUGCCAAGGGGCGUGCGGCGCAAAUGCACAAUGUAGAGUUGUAAGUCAUACGCCGAAUUGUAUAUGUCUGCCUGGAUACACUGGAGAUCCAUUUGUUAAUUGCAUUGAGAGUAAAUAUACGCCAGAAAUCUUAUCACCGUGUACUCCAUCUCCUUGUGGUAGCAAUGCCAUCUGCAAAGAAAAGAAUAAUAUUGGCUCAUGCGUUUGUUCUCCUGGCUAUUUCGGAAAUCCAUAUGAGGGCUGUCGCCCUGAAUGUAGUGUUAACACCGACUGUCCCUCCGACAAGGUGUGCCAACAGAACAAAUGUCAAGACCCUUGUCCUGGUACAUGUGGAUCUAACGCUGAGUGUCACACCAUAAACCAUUCUCCAAUGUGCUCUUGCCUUCGAGGAUACACCGGUAACCCAUUCCAAAAUUGUAUCAUCAUUCAAGAAAUUAAGGAACCGUCAAAUCCAUGCAGUCCCUCUCCAUGCGGCCCGAAUAGUGAAUGCAAGGUAGUAAACGAACAGGCUCUUUGUAAGUGUUUGCAAGAUUUCGAAGGCAGUCCACCAAACUGUAGACCUGAAUGCGUUAUCAGCGCCGAGUGCCCAACUAAUAAAGCCUGUGUAUCACAAAAAUGUAUCGACCCUUGUUUAGGACAAUGCGGACAAAGUACAAAAUGUCAAGUCAUAAACCACAGUCCAAUAUGUACUUGCAUUGAACACUACACGGGUGAUCCCUUCAGUCGCUGUUAUCCAAUCAUUAUAAACGCUCCAUCAGAAGUUGAACAUCCAAAACAUCCGUGCUUACCGUCACCCUGUGGACCAUAUAGUGAGUGCAAAGAAGUCGGAAGUAUUCCAUCCUGCGUUUGUCUACCUAACUACAUCGGUUCACCGCCAGGCUGUCGUCCAGAGUGUUUGAUAAACCCUGAUUGUCCUAGUGAUAUGGCUUGUAUAAAUCAAAAGUGUAGAGAUCCUUGUCCUGGUUCUUGUGGACUAAAUGCUCAGUGUAUUGUUAAAAAUCACAUGCCAAUAUGCACUUGUUUGGAUAAUUAUGCCGGAGAUGCAUUUGUUGAGUGUAAAGUAAAAGAAAUUUCAUACGACGAAAUCGACUUAUGUAAUCCAUCUCCCUGUGGCGCAAACGCUAUUUGUAACAACGGGGAAUGUUCCUGUCCUCCCGAGUAUCAAAUGGGACCAUCAUUUGAUUGUCGCCCAGAAUGUGUUCUUAGCUCGGAUUGCCCCCACGACAAAACAUGUCAUAAAAACAAAUGUGUUAAUCCGUGCAACAGCGGUGUAUGCGCGUCCAACGCAAUUUGCGAUGUAAUCAACCACGUGCCUAUGUGUAGAUGCCCAGAGCGCAUGGCAGGCAACGCUUUCGUUAUGUGCACUCAAAUUAAAGUUGAAAAAGCGCGGCCAUGUGAUCCAAACCCUUGUGGACCAAACAGUCAAUGCAGAGAAAUAAACGGACAAGCUGUCUGCUCGUGUCUAGAUGGGUUCAUUGGCAGCCCCCCUUCAUGCAGACCGGAAUGUGUUCUGAGCACUGAUUGCUCACCUGAUGAAGCCUGUAGUAACAGAAAAUGUAUUAAACCAUGUGAAGGCGCAUGUGGCGUAGAUGCGAAGUGCCAAGUAAUAAAUCACAAUCCCAUCUGUUCAUGUCUCGCACAUUACACAGGCAAUCCAUUUGUAAGAUGCGUCAAGAUAGAAUAUAAACCAGAAAUCGUUAAUCCCUGCACACCUUCACCAUGCGGUCCUAAUUCACUCUGCAAGGAAACUUUAGGCUCACCGGCUUGUUCUUGCCUCGAUGGAUUUGUAGGAGCACCACCUUAUUGCAAACCAGAGUGCAUUAGUAAUUCUGAGUGUCCCACAAGUAAAGCUUGUAUAAACGAGAAAUGCGUCGAUCCUUGCGUGGGAACAUGUGGAUCUAAUACAAAAUGCCACGUCAUCAGCCAUUCACCAUCAUGUGGCUGUCUGCCUGACUACACUGGAGACCCAUUCAGUGAAUGUUACAAAAUAGAAAUUAUUCAAGACGUUUUGACGCCUUGUCAACCGUCCCCAUGCGGAUCAAAUGCCAUUUGCAAAGAAUUUAAUGGCGCUGGAUCUUGUACCUGCAUAGAAAGUUUCAUAGGAAAUCCUUACGAAGGUUGUCGUCCGGAAUGUAUUAUUAAUACCGAUUGUCCAUCAAACAAAGCUUGUCUACAGAAUAAGUGUCAAGAUCCAUGUCCAGGCGCGUGCGGCUUGAAUGCUAUGUGUCAAGUAGUAAAUCACGCACCAUCAUGCUCUUGUUUAAGAAGCUAUACUGGCGAUCCAUUUAGACACUGCACACUGCAAGAAAUAGAAGAUAAACCAAUAAAUGUUUGUCAACCAUCACCAUGUGGUCCGAAUAGCCGUUGCCAGGAAAUAAAUAAUCAAGCAGUAUGUUCUUGCUUACCUAAUUACAUCGGGUCACCACCCGGAUGCCAUCCUGAAUGUACCAUAAGUACAGAAUGUCCCAAAAACAAAGCAUGCAUUAAUCAGAAAUGUGAGGAUCCUUGUCGCGAUGCUUGCGGAAUGAACACAGAAUGUCGUGUCAUCAACCACAGGCCCAUCUGUACCUGUGUAACACGAUACACUGGAGAUCCCUUCACACGUUGCUACCCAAUGCCACCUCCUGUUGCCAACGCUGAAUUGGAACCGUACAGAAAUCCAUGUGUACCAUCUCCUUGCGGUCCAAAUUCCGUUUGCCAAGAAGUCGGUGAUAUACCAUCAUGCACUUGUAUGCCAAAUUACAUAGGAAGUCCACCUAAUUGUCGACCAGAGUGUACACUGAACUCUGACUGCCCAACUUCGCAAGCUUGUAUCCAUCAGAAGUGUCAAGAUCCUUGUCAAGGUUCUUGCGGUAUAAAUGCACUAUGUACUGUAUUCCGACACACACCGACUUGUAACUGUCCAGAAGGAUACACCGGUGAUGCGUUUACGGUUUGCAAUCCAAAAAUAACAAUACCAUCGGAUGUCUUAGAUAAAUGCAAUCCAUCUCCAUGCGGAACUAACGCAAUUUGCAAUGAUGGUAUAUGCACAUGCAUUGAAGAGCAUCAAGGAGAUCCAUACGUAGGAUGCCGACCAGAAUGUGUUCUUAGCAUUGAUUGUCCAAAAGACAAGGCUUGUGUUAGAAAUAAGUGUGUGGACCCUUGUGAAAAUACUUGCGCUGUAACAGCUGUUUGCGAAGUUAUUAACCACGUACCUAUGUGCAGCUGUCCUCAAGGAAAAACUGGAAAUGCCUUCUAUAGUUGUAAUCCAUUAUUAGUUCCAGUUGUAACAAAUCCAUGCCAUCCUUCGCCUUGUGGACCAAACAGCCAAUGCAGAGAAGUUAACGGGCAGGCCGUGUGCACUUGCGUACCAGGAUACACGGGCAGCCCUCCGACAUGUCGACCGGAGUGUGUUGUGAGCUCAGACUGCCCGCCAAAUAGAGCCUGCAGUAACCAGAAAUGUAUUAAUCCGUGUGCAGGAUCGUGUGGAGUCGAAGCUAAAUGUGAAGUUAUUAAACAUAACCCCAUAUGUACUUGUCCACCUAAAUACACAGGGGAUCCAUUCGUCAGAUGCAUACCUUUCAGAACACCAAUGGCAGAUGUUACACCAUGUUCACCAUCCCCAUGCGGACUUAAUGCAAUUUGUAAGGACGUUGCUGGAUCACCUUCCUGCGCUUGCUUGCAAAACUUCUUUGGUUCACCUCCUUAUUGUCGACCAGAAUGUUCCUCUAACAGUGAAUGUCCAUCUACUCAAGCAUGUAUAAACCAAAAAUGUAAAGAUCCUUGUAUAUCGGCGUGCGGAUUAAAUGCACAAUGUAAAACGAUUAGUCACUCGCCAAUGUGUUUCUGUGAUUCCGGAUACACGGGAGAUCCGUUCACGAACUGCAGACGUGAAGAAGUAACAAUUAUAGAAAAACCAACACCUUGCACUCCUUCGCCAUGUGGUCCUAACGCAGAAUGUAAAGAACGAAAUGCUGUCGGUUCCUGUAGUUGUCUAGCAGAAUACAUCGGAAAUCCAUAUGAAGGUUGUCGUCCAGAAUGUACCAUUAACACAGAUUGUGUCCAAAACAAAGCUUGCAUUCGAAAUAAAUGUCAAGAUCCGUGUCCAGGAACUUGUGGACGUUUAGCAACAUGUACAGUUGUCAACCAUUUACCAUCUUGCUCAUGUCCAAAUGGAUACACAGGAGAUCCGUAUCGGCAAUGUGAUAUUCUAAAAGAAUCAUCACCGGCACCAUUGACACCUUGUUUGCCAAAUCCAUGUGGUCCAAAUAGUGUAUGUCGACCAGCGAACGGACAAAGUGCAUGUUCAUGCAUGCCUGGAUACAUAGGCUCUCCUCCGGGAUGUCGACCAGAAUGUACUAUUAGCUCAGAGUGUCCAUCAGAUAAAGCAUGCGUCAAUCGUAAAUGUGUAAAUCCAUGUCCCAAUCACUGUGGAACAAAUUCAAACUGCAGAGUUAUAACACAUAGUCCUAUUUGCUCUUGUAGCCCUGGAUUUACAGGAGAUCCAUUUACACGUUGUUAUAAGCCUGUUAUUGCAGAACAAAUCCCAGAAAUUCAAAAGAACCCUUGCUUACCCAAUCCCUGCGGUGAAAAUGCGCUGUGUCGUGACGUCAAUGGAUUCCCGUCGUGCAGUUGCAUGCCUGAAUUCCAAGGGCUGCCUCCAAACUGCAGGCCAGAGUGCGCCAUAAAUCAAGAUUGCCCCUCAGAUAAAGCCUGCUUAAACAUGAAAUGCAAAGAUCCCUGCCCUGGAAGUUGUGGUCAAAAUGCAGUGUGCACUGUGUUUAAUCAUUUCCCUGCUUGCACGUGUACUCAAGGCUACACCGGAGAUCCAUUCACUCGUUGUGUUGUUAUUGAACAGAUUAACGAUGAGUUACCUCCUGAUCCAUGUAAUCCGUCUCCGUGUGGUUUUAACGCUUUAUGCUCAAAUGGCGUAUGCACGUGUAUGCCCGAAUAUCGGGGCGAUCCAUAUGUAGGAUGCAAACCAGAAUGUGUGACAAAUAUGGACUGUGCUUUAGACAAAGUAUGCUCUAGAAAUAAAUGCGUGAAUCCAUGUCCUGGCACUUGUGCUUUGAACGCAAUUUGCACGGUAUACAAUCAUAUUCCUAUCUGUACCUGCCCAGAAAAUAUGUCUGGAAAUGCAUUUACUGAAUGCCAUGCUAUACAAGUUAUUGAAGUUCAACCCUGCAACCCCAGUCCUUGUGGACCAAACAGCCAAUGUAGACCGAUUAAUAAUCAAGCCAUAUGUUCAUGUCUGCCCACAUACAUCGGCAGUCCACCGUCUUGUAGGCCUGAAUGUACAAUAAGCGCAGAAUGUCCACCGGACGAGGCUUGCAACAACCAAAAAUGUAUAAAUCCAUGUAAGGGCAGCUGCGGUUACGGAGCAAGGUGUCAAGUAAUUAACCACAACCCGAUUUGCUCUUGUCCAUCACAGUACACAGGAGAUCCGUUCACACGCUGUACUGCAAUAAUAUCUGCGCCACUACCGCCGAUAGACCCAUGUACACCGAGUCCGUGUGGUCCGUACUCCACGUGCAAAAUGGCAUGUGUGAACCAGAAAUGUAGAAACCCUUGUCCCGGAAGUUGCGGUUACAACGCCGAUUGCAAGAUUGUUAGCCACGCACUAAUAUGUUCCUGUCCCUAUGGUCAAACUGGGGAUCCAUUAAUUUCAUGUAAUCCCAUUAAAGAUACUAUCAUAGAGUACAGUUCGCCGUGCGAACUAUCGCCUUGCGGACUUAACGCCAUAUGCACAGAAAGAAAUGGGGCAGCAUCUUGCAAGUGUGUUGAUACCUACGUCGGCAAUCCUUACGAGGGCUGCCGUCCGGAAUGCGUCAUUAAUAGCGAUUGUCCUCCUACACUAGCUUGCGUUCAAAAUAAAUGUAAAGAUCCAUGCCCCGGCAUUUGCGCUCCCAACGGAAUUUGUCAAGUCAUCAACCAUCUUCCUUCAUGUUAUUGUCCUCCUGGACUUACUGGAGAUGCUUAUUCGUAUUGCAAGCAAAUCGAAGAAAUCGAAAAAUCUACACCAUGCACCCCUUCACCCUGCGGUCCAAACAGUCAGUGCCGCGAAGUGAAUUCACAAGCAGUCUGUAGUUGCCAGGUCGAUUUCCUUGGCAAUCCGCCAAACUGUCGCCCCGAGUGUACCAUCAAUAGCGAAUGCGCCAGUGACAAAGCCUGCAAAAAUCGUAAAUGCGUCGACCCGUGUGUCAAUCAAUGUGGUCGAAAUGCCAACUGUAGAGUGAUAGCUCAUAAUCCAAUAUGCUCUUGUCAAGAACAGUUCACUGGGGAUCCGUUCACUUUUUGUAUGCCAUCCGUCGUGUCGGUUCCGACGCAAGAUGUCAACCCUUGUGUGCCUUCACCAUGUGGUCCGAACGCCCAGUGCCAGGAAUACAAAGGCAAUGCUCGUUGCACUUGUUUACCAAACUACAUCAGCACACCACCUCGGUGCAGACCGGAAUGUACAGUGAACAGCGAGUGCAGUGCGGUAACAGCGUGCAUUAACAACAAGUGCGUGGACCCCUGUCCGGGCGCGUGUGGUAACAACGCACAGUGCAACGUCAACAAUCAUAUGCCAAUCUGUUCUUGCGUCCCAGGCUACACCGGCGACCCCUUCACGAACUGUAAUCCAAUGCCACUAGAAACUGAACCACUGGAUCCCUGCCACCCGUCACCUUGCGGACCAUACCACGGAGAUCCCUACAUCGGAUGCAAACCCGAAUGUGUUCUUAACUCGGACUGUCCUCGCGACAAGGCAUGCAUAAAAAAUAAGUGUCAUAAUCCAUGCGUAGACACUUGUGGAACAGAUGCUCUCUGUGAAGUUAUCAACCAUAUACCAAUGUGUUCGUGUCCGCCAGGAACGACAGGUUCUCCGAUGUACUAUUGCACUAAAGUAAUAGAAACACCAGCACCGGUAAGCUUGUGCGACCCCUCACCGUGUGGCCCAUACAGCCAGUGCCGAGAAGUGAACGGUCACGCUGUAUGUGUAUGCGUGCAAGGUUAUAAGGGAAGUCCACCGAACUGUAGACCCGAGUGCACAGUCAGCUCUGACUGUAAACUGAAUGAAGCAUGCUCGAAUCAAAAAUGUAUUGACCCUUGUCCUGGUGCUUGUGGCAGAAACACUCACUGCAUUGUCGUUAAUCACAAUCCGGUGUGCAGUUGCUUAUCAGGGUAUUCAGGAGAUCCUUUCUCAGUCUGCCUACUGAUCCCUGCUGCACCGCCGGUUGUAAUAAAUCCAUGUCUACCCUCACCUUGUGGACCAAACUCACAAUGCAAUGAAAACGGCGAAAAGGCUGAAUGUAAAUGUUUACAAGACUUCAUUGGUGCACCGCCUCAAUGUCGUCCUGAAUGUACCAGUAACUCGGAAUGCACUUCCACGAUGUCUUGUAUAAAUAAGAAAUGCAAAGACCCAUGUGUAGGCUCCUGUGGCAUCAAUUCAGAAUGCAGAGUAGUGAGUCACACGCCUAUAUGCUUAUGUCAAAACGGAUAUACAGGAGAUCCUUUCAUACACUGCAGCAUUCAAGUAUCUUACUCAAUAGAGGAACGACCAACACCUUGUGUACCCUCUCCAUGUGGAACCAACGCCGAGUGCAAGGAACAAAACAGUGCAGGCUCCUGUACAUGUCAACCCGGUUAUUUCGGAGAUCCUUACGUGGCUUGCAAGCCAGAAUGCUUAAUCAAUUCUGAUUGUCCACCUAAUCUGGCCUGUUACCAAAACAAGUGCCACGACCCCUGUCCCGGCACAUGCGGUAUCAACGCAAUAUGCAACGUGGUCAACCAUGUACCCAGUUGCAGUUGCCUGGACCAGCACUACGGCGAUCCGUAUAGAAUUUGUACAUUUAAAAUUUAUGAAAAUAAAACAGAUCCUUGUAACCCAUCACCAUGUGGUCCUAAUAGUCAAUGCAGCAAUAAAAAUGGAUUAGCGAUAUGCACCUGUUUAAGUGGUUAUCUCGGGUCGCCGCCCAGCUGCAGACCGGAAUGCCUAACGAGUUCCGAAUGUUCUCUCGAUAAAGCCUGCGAUAACUUCAAAUGUAUAUCACCAUGUCCAAGAGGCUGCGGGGUAAAUACAGAGUGCAGAGUCAUCAAACACAACCCUAUCUGUUCGUGUAAAUCUCAAUACACCGGAGAUCCUUUCUCAAUCUGCUACCCUGUCAUUGAAGUACAGUAUCAAGAAAAUGAACCUAUUAACCCGUGUGUACCUUCACCGUGUGGACUAAACGCUGAAUGUCGCGAUGUUGGUGGAAUACCCUCGUGCACGUGUCAAAUCGGGUACUUUGGAAGUCCACCAAACUGCAAACCGGAAUGUGUAACAAAUACCGACUGUAGCAACGACAAAGCCUGUAUCAAUAUGAAGUGUAUAAAUCCAUGCCAGGGUUCGUGUGGUAUUGAUGCUGUGUGCAACGUCAUUAAUCACGGACCAGUCUGUUCUUGUCCCGUUAGUUAUCAAGGCGAUCCAUUUGUUGCGUGCCGCAUUAAACCACCAGAUGUAAUAGAAAAACUUGAUCCUUGUCAUCCAUCACCGUGUGGCUCCAAUGCUGUGUGUAACAACGGCAUAUGCACUUGCCUCCCUGAUUACAAUGGGGAUCCUUACUUCGGCUGUCGACCGGAGUGUGUUUUAAGCACCGACUGUCCGACCGACAAAGCUUGUAUCCAAUACAAAUGCAAGAAUCCUUGUCGCGACAUGUGCGGGGAGAAUGCCGAAUGCAACGUUUACAAUCACGUCGCCGCCUGCAGUUGUCCGAGUGGCAUGACUGGCGACGCGUUUUCGCGAUGCGUCAAAAUAGAGAAACCUGUAACAAGACCCUGUGAGCCAUCUCCCUGUGGCCCGAACAGUGUGUGCAGAGAAGCACAAGGUCAAGCUGUUUGUGCCUGUAUAACGGGUUACAUUGGAAAUCCACCUAAUUGUAGACCUGAGUGCAUCCAAAGCGCAGACUGUUCACCAUCGCUUGCCUGCAUAAAUAGAAAGUGUCAAGAUCCUUGCCCUGGUUCAUGUGGACAUAAUGCUGUGUGCAAAGUCCAUAAUCACAACCCUAUUUGCACAUGUCCACCAAAAUUGACCGGAUCUCCAUUUACUCACUGCUACGCUCUAGUUGUGGAAGAGUCACCCAUCAAUCCUUGUCUACCAAAUCCUUGCGGACCGAAUAGUAUAUGUACACCUGCGCCGAACAAAGAUUCACCGAUUUGCGCUUGUCAAUCGACGUUCGAAGGAUCGCCGCCGAAUUGUCGUCGCGAAUGUACCGCAAGCGAAGAUUGUUCGUUUGACAAGGCCUGCAUAAAUUACAAAUGCAAAGAUCCCUGUCCCGGGUCAUGCGGUUCACAAGCAAUAUGCUCUGUGCGUCUCCAUACCGUCAUGUGUUCUUGCGAAGAAGGUUACACUGGUGAUCCUUUCAUUUCUUGCGUCCAAAAAGUACACGAAAUGAUUCCUGCAGAUCCUUGCGACCCAUCACCUUGCGGUCCGAAUUCGCGUUGCAAAAUCUCAAGAAGUGGCGUCGCUGCCUGCGUUUGUGAUGAGGGCUACUUUGGAAAUCCCUAUGAAUCAUGUAGACCUGAAUGUGUUUUGGAUAACGAUUGUCCGUUCGACAAAGCUUGCCGCAACAACCGAUGCCAGGAUCCAUGUCCCGGUGUUUGCGGUACGACGGCGACCUGCCAAGUUAUAAAUCAUUUGCCAUCCUGUAAUUGUGCACCUGGCUACACUGGCAAUCCAUACCAGUAUUGUCACAUCGUCAUAAAUGAACCAGAACCUACGCCCAAAAAUCCAUGUACACCUAAUCCAUGUGGCAGUAAUUCUGUAUGCAAGAGUAACAACGGACUAGUCUCAUGUACAUGCGCCUCAGGGUUCUUCGGCACUCCACCAAGUUGUAGACCGGAGUGUAUCGUUAACUCGGAAUGUGAUUCAUCCAAGAGUUGUGUUAACCAGAAGUGUAUCGAUCCCUGCAUCGGCGCAUGUGGCCAAAACGCAGAAUGCCGAGUUAUCAACCAUGCUCCGAUUUGCUCUUGCAGUCGAGAAUUUGAAGGAGAUCCGUUCGUCAGAUGCACUCCUGUUUUGAAUAUACCAUCGCCAGAGACAGACCCGUGUACCCCAUCGCCAUGCGGACCGAAUUCUUUAUGUCAAACAGUAAAUAAGGUUCCAACGUGUACUUGCAUAGAUAACUUUAUCGGCACACCGCCAAACUGCCGAGCUGAGUGUACAGUGAACUCUGACUGUCCGAGCACAAAGGCGUGUAUAAACCAGCGAUGCCGCGACCCAUGCCAAGGGUCGUGCGGCCUUAACACAAUAUGCCAGGUGCACCAGCAUGCUGCUAUAUGCAGCUGUAUGGAAGGUUACACCGGUAAUCCAUUCCAGAGCUGUUACGUCAAAGAAAUUAUAGAGCACGUGCCUGAAAACUAUGACAAAUGCAAUCCAAACCCGUGCGGAGCUAACGCAGACUGUAAUGAUGGAAUGUGUACAUGUAAACCGAACUUCUUCGGUAACCCCUACAUGAGUUGUCGCCCCGAAUGUUCCCACAACUCUGACUGCGCACUUAAUAGGGUUUGUUUUAAUAACAAAUGCAUCAAUCCUUGCAACAACCUUUGCGGCCAAGGCGCGCAGUGCGAAGUUUACAAUCAUCUACCUAUGUGCUUCUGUCCACCAAAUACAACUGGAAAUGCUUUCUUCUCUUGCACACCUAUUACAGUUCAACCGGAGCGACGUAACCCAUGCGAACCGUCACCGUGCGGUCCGUAUAGCACGUGCCGUACAUUCAACGAACAAGCGAUGUGCUCGUGUCUAAUAGGAUACGUAGGAGUACCGCCUUCCUGCAGGCCUGAGUGUUUGGUCGACUCCGACUGCACGAGUCUGAAGUCAUGCUCAAACCAGAAAUGCAUUGACCCCUGUCUAGGAACUUGCGGCUUGAAUGCAGAAUGCAGGAUACACUACCACAAAGCAAUCUGUUAUUGUCCGAAUGGUUACAGCGGCGACCCCUUCACGCAAUGCACAGUUAAAGUCCAAGAUGAAAUACCAGCCAAGAAAACUCCAUGUGUACCUUCACCUUGUGGCCCUAACUCGAUAUGCAAAGCUGUAGGAGAUUCACCGUCAUGUUCGUGUGAGUCCGAUUACAUCGGCUCACCACCUUAUUGCCGGCCAGAGUGCGCUUCGAACAGCGACUGCAGCUUUGAAAAAUCAUGUAUAAACAACAGAUGCGCAGAUCCGUGUGUCGGGGCUUGUGGUAUUAACGCCAUAUGUAGAGUAAUUAGCCACUCGCCGCAAUGUAUAUGUGAAGGGAACUACGAAGGCGAUCCGUUUAAUCGUUGCUAUCCUAAAAAACCUUUGAAUUUACCAUCGGAGUCGGACAAACCAUGCUCACCGAAUCCCUGCGGACCCAAUGCGAUAUGUCAGGAACGUAACAAUGCCGCCAGCUGCAUUUGUAUCACUGGAUAUUUUGGUGAUCCCAACGAAGGAUGUAGACCUGAGUGUGUCAUUAAUUCAGAUUGUUCCGAUAAUCUCGCCUGUAUCAACAACAAAUGUAAAGACCCAUGUCCAGGUUUAUGUGGCACGAACGCCCAAUGCCAAAUGGUCAAUCAUGUACCUAAAUGUAUUUGCAUACAUGGUUUUGUUGGUAAUCCUUAUGACAGUUGCCGUAUUAUGAGAGAAACUCCCUCUGACCCUUGCAGUCCAUCACCUUGUGGUCCUUAUAGCAUUUGCAACGCUCGUGAUAACAAAGCAAUAUGCUCUUGCCAACCCAAUUAUCUUGGUAAUCCACCUAAUUGUCGUCCAGAAUGUAUUACAAACCCUGAAUGUUCACUUGAUAAGGCUUGUGUCAGACAAAAGUGUAUAGAUCCUUGCAUCGGUACAUGUGGAGAAAACGCACAGUGUCGUGUACACCACCACAGUCCGUACUGCACUUGUCUCGCUGGUUACGAAGGAGAUCCAUUCUCUGUGUGCCUUAAAGCCGUCGCUCCACCAGGUAACAAAAAUCCUUGUGAACCUAACCCUUGUGGGCCAUACGCUACAUGCAAAGAUAUUGGCGGUACAGCCAUAUGCAGUUGCAAACUAGGUUACAUCGGUGUACCGCCGACAUGUGCUCCUGAAUGUACAAUUAACGAAGACUGUCCUAAGGAUAAAGCUUGUGUAAAGGAGAAAUGUAUCGAUCCUUGCAUCGGAUCAUGCGGCGUUAAUACUAAUUGUCGCGCCAUGAACCACCUUGCCAUUUGCACUUGUCUACCUAAUUAUCGUGGCGAUCCAUUUGUAGGAUGCAGUAUUUACAAAGAAAUGGAGAAACUACCGCCAAUCGAUCCUUGCGCCAGGUCUCCUUGUGGUGUUAAUUCAAUAUGCAGCAACGGAUCUUGUUCUUGUAUUCCGGGAUACCACGGCAACGCUUACGUCGAGUGCCGACCGGAAUGUACAGCCGACACCGACUGUGAUAAGCAACUAACGUGUAUAAAUUACAAAUGUGUGAAUCCAUGUAAGAACGCCUGUGGUACAGGCGCCAUUUGUAAUGUGUACAAUCACAUAGCGAUUUGUGAAUGUCCGACUCCGUUACGAGGAGAUCCCUUCCUGUCUUGUCGGCCAGUUAUAGAGGCCAUAGAAACGGACCCGUGUUCCCCUAAUCCUUGCGGACCUAACAGUGUAUGCCGGGCUAGUGGCACAGUCGCACAUUGCUCGUGCAAACCACCCAUGUACGAGGAACCGCCAAGCUGCCGACCCGAGUGCCGCGUCAACUCCGACUGCCCUCGUCUCAAUGCGAUAUGUACAGGCAUUAGACACACUGCGGUAUGUUCGUGCCCAGCUGAAUACACCGGCUACGCUCUUGUUCGUUGCGAUCGUAUCACAAUCCCGGACGUGAAACCAAAACCAGAAUGCGAAAAUGAUGAGCAGUGCCCUGAUAAUGCAGCGUGCAUCGAUUUCCGAUGUGCAGCAGUAUGCGGCCAGAAUAACUGCGGCCUGAACGCGCAAUGUAUCGCACGCCGACACAGAGCUCGCUGUACUUGCUUGCCGGGCUACGAAGGUGACGCAUAUUCGGGAUGCUACUCCGUUCAAUGCCAUAGCAAUAACGACUGUCCCGACGAUGAAAGCUGUGAAAGCGGAUCAUGUAUCAAAGUUUGUUCGCGAUUACGUUGUGGAACUGAAGCUCAUUGCGUGGCGCGCGGACACAGCGCGUCAUGCGAAUGUAAUCCUGGUGCGCAAGGAAAUCCAUGGACCUCGUGCCGCAGGGACGAAUGCACAAUGGACGAAGAUUGUCCGACAUGGCUGGCUUGUAGAGCAAAGACAUGCCAAGACCCCUGUCCCGGUGCUUGCGCGCAAGGCGCACAAUGUACUGUCAUGCGUCAUGCACCGAUUUGCGAAUGCCCACGAGGAACCCAAGGCAAUCCUAGAAUAAAAUGUGAACCUGUCCAAGCUGACGUGGAGUGCGGAAGCGAUGCAGAGUGCGGCCCCGACCUCGCGUGCCUGCGCGGCGUGUGCCGGGACCCAUGCGACGAGACGUCGUGCGGUGCCGGUGCCAUUUGCAGCGUCGCUAACACCCUGCCUUUCCGCACCCUCGUCUGCCAAUGCCCUAAGCCUCUUACUGGAGACGCGUCUGUUCAAUGUGUGCCAAGAGCACAAUGCGAACAAGACAAUGAAUGCGGUGACGAGGAACGGUGCGUGAGCGGGCGCUGCGUGGCGGUAUGUGACGAACGAGCCUGCGGCGCGGGCGCUGAAUGUCGCGCGCAGGCACACCGCGCUGCGUGCCGCUGUGUGCCACCGCUCCAAGGCGACGCCAACGUAGCCUGCACACCGGGUAGAUAUAUCGGAAACCCAAGAAUAGAAUGUAACAGUGAACCACGAAGACCUACUAUAGUUGAGUGUUACAAGGACGACGAAUGUAGUUCAGAGCAAUCGUGUGUUGAACGCACUUGCAUCAAUCCUUGUAUAAACGGAUGCGGCGUAGGUGCGCUUUGUCGGGCCAUCGACCAUAAGCCGCAGUGCUCGUGCCCCCGAGAAUACACCGGAGAUGCCAACUCACGGUGCAUACCACCAUCAGACAAAUCUGUAUUACCAGUGGGCUGCAAAGCAAACUCAGAUUGUCCACUAUCACAAGCAUGCAUAAACGGCGCAUGCGCCAGUCCAUGUGUAUGCGGUGACAACGCAGAAUGUGACGUCGUAAGGCAUCAUCCUGUUUGUUACUGCGCACCUGGUUUUUCAGGAAACCCUUACACUGGAUGCACUAAAGUAAGCUGCGUCUCGGAUAAUGAAUGCCCCGACAGUGACACCUGUUACAAUGGAGCGUGUGUUAACCCCUGUGUUCUUGAAGCACCGUGUGCCAUCUCUGCGGAAUGCUACGGACAAGCUCACCGACCCAACUGCCGCUGUCCUCUUAGAACUGUAGGAAAUCCUUACGAAAAAUGUCAAUCAAGCGAGUGUGAGGUCGACACCGACUGCAACGACGAUAGUGUUUGCGUGAAAGGAGUUUGUCACGACGCCUGCUCAGUCGAAGGUCGUAAUCCUUGCGCCAGCAAUGCAGAAUGUUACGCACGUAAUCACGCGGCGGCAUGUAAGUGCCCACCCACACUGCCACUAGGCGAUCCUUUGACUUAUUGCCAAAGAGUUGUUAUCACAGGAGAACCAGAAUGCCGCAUGGACGGAGACUGUCCUAGUGGCCACGCUUGUCUCAGAGAUAAAUGUCGCGAAGCUUGUUCCGAACUUAAACCAUGCGUCGGCAAUUCUCGGUGCUCAGUAUCAGACAGCGUGCCAUUCCGUACCUUAAUAUGCCGCUGUCCGGAAGGAUACACACCGGAUGAAAGAGGUUCAUGCAAACCUGCACAACUACCAUCCCUCAGUUGCUCAUCUGACCAGGACUGUAGCGACAGCGAAUCGUGCGUUAACAGAAUUUGUCGCAAUCCUUGCAGUUGCGGAGAUAACGCCGAAUGCUUUGUUCGGGAUCAUAGACCUGUAUGUUCGUGUCGUGAAGGCUACGACGGAAAUCCAUACCUAUCAUGUCGCAUAGUCGGUUGUCGCACUGAUAAUGAAUGUGAAUCGCACCAAGCUUGCAUCAAUAAUAACUGUAUAAGUCCAUGCUUGUCUAACAACACUUGUGGAACGAAUGCCGAAUGUUACGUAGAAAGAAACCAACCUCUUUGUCGCUGCAGAUCAGGAUUCGAAGGCGACGCAUAUACGAAUUGCAACCUUGUCGAAUGUAGAGCCAACAGUGACUGUCCACAGGACAAACAAUGUCACGCGCAUAGAUGUAUCGAUCCUUGUCUCUCUGGAAGUAUUUGCGGAACGAAUGCCAUCUGCUUGGUAAGGAACCAUCUCGCAGUUUGUAAAUGCGACCAAGGUUAUACCGGUAGCCCCUAUGUCGAAUGUCGACGAGAAUCUACGCCACUAUGCUUUGUAGACGCUGACUGCCCAUCAAGACUUGCAUGUCUAUCUUCUAGAUGUGUCAACCCAUGCACAGAAUUACACCCGUGCGCCACACCUGCGACUUGUGAAGUCUCUCCGACAUUACCAGUUCGUACGAUGCUCUGCACAUGCCCAGUGGGAUACGUAAGCAGCGGCGGCGGCCUUUGCCGACCAGCAACAACGAUCACCGACAACGUCUGUGUUUUGGAUAAUAAUUGUAGUGCAAAUCAUGCUUGCGUAAAUUCCUUGUGCAAAAAUCCAUGCUCCUGUGGACCGAACUCCGAUUGUAGAAUAAAAGAUCACAAACCAGUAUGCGCUUGUCGACCAGGAUUUAUUGGCGAUGCACGUACCGGUUGUUAUGAGAUUACCUGUCGCGCCGACAGCCAGUGCGCAGACGACGAGACUUGUAUUAAUAACCGCUGUAUACCAGCGUGUUCGGUCGAUGCUAAUAUCUGCGGUCGCUCGGCGGAGUGUUACGGAACAGAACAUCGCGCUUCCUGCCGUUGCAAGGUGGGAACUGUCGGCAAUCCAUCCAUCGCCUGUACUGCUAUAUCUUGCCGAGCCAAUAGUGAUUGUCCGGCCGAUAAGUCAUGUAUUAACUCGAAGUGCGUGGAACCAUGCUCGGAGACAACUUGCAACGAACCGGCCGAAUGUAGAGUGCAUCUACACGAAGUGUACUGCGUCUGUCCACCGGGCUAUCAGAGUUCAGACGAUGGCUGCAUGAAAACUGGAGCUCCACAAUGCGCCACCGAUGUUGACUGCCCAUCAGGAUUAGCGUGCCUCAACGCCACGUGCGUCAAUCCAUGCUCGAAAACCACACCAUGUGGUGAUAACGCCGAAUGUCAAGUGAUAAAUACCCUUCCCGUAAGAACCAUGAUAUGCGCAUGCAAACCAGGAUACAAAGGAAAUGCACUCAUCGAAUGCAUACCAUACUUAACACCUACAACAAAAUGCGUUGACGGCCAAGGCAUAGAUAGUAACGGCGACUGUGUACCUUGCAAUGCAAACGAAGGUCGAACAGUAGACGGUCGUGGACGUUGUGUGUGCGACUGGGACAAAGGUUACACACCCCGCGGUAACACGUGCGUGGCCAUCGGUUGCCGCACGGAUGACCAAUGCGACGAGCAAUCGCGCUGUAUCAACGGUGCCUGCGUCCACGCCUGCGAGGCGGAACCCUGCGGCCAGCACACGACUUGCGACGUCAUCGGACACCGCUCGCACUGCGCCUGCAUUCCCGGCUACAUCGGCAACCCAAGGGUUCAAUGUUACAACGCAACCACUACUCAAGAUAAUUACAGAACCGAUUUCCCACUUCCAGACAUGCAGGUUCACUGCCUAGCGGAUGGAGUUCGAGUCAGUCUUAAGAUUAAGGAUUUCAACGGGGUGCUGUAUGUCAAAGGAUACAGUAAGGACGAGAGGUGUAGACUGGUCGUGCACACUCCAGAGAAUCAAGAGAGCACCGUCGACUUUACAGUCCACUUCGGUGAUUGCGGUUUAGUUCAUGUGAACGGUCUGGCAAGCUUUGUGCUGGUGAUGCAGAUUCAUCCCACUCUGUUAACAUCAAACGCUAAGGCGUUCCAUAUCAAAUGCAUCUACCAAACGGGCGAACAGAACGUGACGUUGGCGUUUAACGUAUCAAUGCUGACGACGGCGGGCACGAUAGCCAACACGGGGCCGCCGCCCACCUGCUCCAUGAGAAUUGUAUCGAGAUCUGGUGACGAAGUCAGCUCUGCCGAAAUCGGAGAGAAUCUCGUCUUACAAGUGGAUGUUCAACCAUCAAGUAUAUAUGGUGGGUUUGCACGAAGUUGUAUAGCGAAGACGAGUGAAGCAUCGACGAACAUAGAAAACGAAUACACCGUAACGGACGCGGACGGCUGCGCUACGGACGCCGCGAUCUUUGGAGAAUGGGAAAGAAGCGAGGACGGAAGCGCUUUACGGGCAGCUUUCAACGCGUUUAAGUUCCCAAGUAGCGAUAAUAUUCGAUUCCAAUGUAAUAUACGUGUCUGCUUUGGAAAAUGUCAACCGGUUAACUGUCGCGGAUACGACGCUUUCGGAAAGCGUAGAAAACGAGAAGUAAUCGAUCCUAAGAAUAGCCUGUACGGAAACGAAGGUCAAUUCAGGGAGGAGGUAGUCGUCGAAUCGAAUCCGAUAUUGACGCUGGAACGACGCGACCCGUCGCGAGUGGCCCGGCAGCGGGACGCUGGCAGCUCGGGCGGCGCCGGCGGCGCGUCCGGCGGCGAGGUGUGCGUGUCGGCCGCUGGGCUGGCCGUGGCGUUGGCGCUGACGGCUCUGUUGGCGCUGGUGGCAGUAGCCGCGGCCGUGGCGUGCUGGCUGGUGGCGUGGCGCCGCGCGCGGCCGCCGCCAGCGCCGCUGCCGCACCCACCCGACUUCCCGAACCCGCUGUUCCAACGCUGAGCAGCUCGCUAGUCGCGCGCCCCGCUCCUCCGCCGGCGCCGGGCGGUGUCGGCUCUUCCUUCCUCUCGGCUUCAAUCUGUGCGCGCCGCCGGAGGACCGCCGGGCGAGGGCGCGGCGAGCGCCUCCCUCGCUCGCGCUCGCUGCGCCCUAUCUAGAUUUAUUUUUAUAUUUUACUAUAACUUUUUAACAUAGACUCGCCUCCUUCGAACUUUGUGAUAUUCAUGAUAUAAAUAUUCGAAAUCACCAUACCUUUAUGUAAUAUAACUAUUGACUGUAGUUUAUAAGCAAAUAAUAUUAAUAAAUAAUAAUAAUAAUAAUA